AUGGAUUUAACUUUAAUUAAAAAGCCCUGCAAUAAGUAUGAAUUUGAAAAGGACUUAUAAGGACCCAUUUAAUUAUUCCAGCAAUAGCUUAAACAAUUUUCCAAUUGACACGCCAUUUCGACGUGUUCGGGAGUCCAAUCCUGGUCGCUUUUCCCAGCAGGGAAGGCAUUCUGAUACCGAAGAUUUUUGCCGCAGCUCACUCGAUGGUCAUUUGCGCACUCGUCCAUCUAAAGGCAAGUUUGAAACAUUGUCCUUUUUCAGACUUAACGCUUGAAAACUUUAUUUUUGUGGUAAAGUAACACUGACCAGUUUUUUUUUAAUGAUUCGGGGCACAGUUUUCUAAAUUUGUAAAAGGGCCCUCGAUUGUGUUGCCGCCUACUUUUUAAUUUGUUGCGUUAUUUUUCCCUACUUUGAAGGACUAUGAGAAUGAUAAUAACGAUUAAACGAGAAUUUUUCUUUGGAGAAUGUCUCAUCUUCUGACACGGGCAUUGACACGGACAAUGAUAAUAAAAGGCUACGAGAAAACGAUUGAACGAGAAUUUUUAUUUACAGAAGGGUUCAUCUUCUGACGCGGGUAUUAAGGCAGUGACUUGUGUGAUUUCUUUAUGAUUACUGGUACUCCAUUCUCACAGGCUUUACAAACAUCAGGCUCGUUAAAUUACGGUUCAUAAUCCGAGUUAUGUACUUUGUCAUCACGAGAACUCUAGUUACAGUUGAGUGCCAAGUGUUUAAUAUUUUAAAGAUAUAUCUUAAACGUAUAUAGCCAUUCCCCUUAUUCCCUGCUAGCACCAGCCCCGUUUGGACCAGUCAAACCCCGGGGCGCGAAGGGGCUAUGCCCAAUAUGGGCGGGGCUACGCACCGGGCUAUAACAUGGCAAAUUUGCUUGGGGCUAAAACUUAUAGUUUAGCACGAAAUGACGGUAUACGAGGAAGUUGUGCAGUGUUUACUUUGUUAUGGCACUAAUAAAAAAGCUGUUUUAUUUGUUAAACAACGGGCAGACCUUUAUAUUUUGAGCAGAUCAACUUGUAAAGACUAGGCAAUGAAUGACUGAUUUUGCCCUUUUGCUUUGGGCUCCGGUUUGUUUAUCACCAAAGUGUUUUUCAAUAAAAGAAUCCCUUUUUUAUGUUACACAUUCCCCCAGUCUUUAUUUUGCAACGACUGCGUUAUUAUUCUCAAGGGUAAUUCUAUAAGCCGAAUGCCGUUCAAAUUACAGAUCGAGGAUAUAAUUAUCCGACUAUCCGGAUCAGUAUUUGUAGAAAAACUUUGGUCAGCUUUUCUAGUUCGCGACAAAUAUCCGUAAAAAAAGCCUAACUACUUUACUUCGCUUACUAGAAAUAAGCAUUUUAAAUCUUUUAAUCAGCCAUCUUUAAACGUAGUCUGUUGACCAUAUGCUGAUAAAUCGAAUGAAAUUGCAGCAAAGUUUUACCGUUCUUCGCACAAAUUCGUCUCACAAAUAUGCAGUAACGAGAUUUUUUAAACAUGAUGUGUGGCUUGGAUUCUUGAUUUUCGACUUCCUUAUUGCUUAAGUGUUAAUAGUCACGUUACAUAAUUAAAAAACCUUAAAACCUCCGUUUUAAACAAUUUUCCUCAACCUGCAAGUUUUCUCCUCGUCUUCUAGGUCGAAGCCCUAGUCAGGUCCCCGGGAUGUCUACCGCAGUCUCUCCGCCCACGCAACUUGGCGGGCCCUCGGAAGCAUUUGAGCAAAUCCGAGCUGAGAACCGCGCUGUUGGACGUCUAUUUUGUGAUGCUUCCUUCCCCGCUGACGAAUCCAGCCUCUAUUAUAGUCGCCGUCCUCCUUGCAACAUUGUAUGGAUGCGACCACCAGAAAUAGUCUCCGCCAUGUGCCGCACUGAUGUGUUGGGCAUUGCUCCAAGAAAGAUAAACUACCCCGAGUUUAUUGCCGAUGGAGCCAUUCGAUUAGGUGACUUGCGGCAGGGCGAACUCGGUACGUUCAUGCGGGCUGUUUAUGUCGUUAAGCGUUAAAACGUCUGUAUAGCACCGUCGUGACCAUUGUUAUGCCGCACAACUUGAACAACCGAAAUUAGAAGCGAUUCGAUUCAAAACUAUUCUCAUUGGCGCCUUUUCCUUUUGACGGGAGCACGGUUAGGCAAAUUAUCUUGUUUUAUAGCUACGGUAGCAGCUUUUCAGAUUUCACCAAUAUUGCCGUACUGGUAUUAGCAAACACUGUUCAUUAUUUUUCGUGUUUUUUUACGGACGUGAAUAAAUAGGCCUGUGACCUUACUCUAGUACGAAGUAAGUAGAGGCGAUUUUCCUGAAGGUGACUAGGAAGAGGGGGCGUUAGAUAGUGUCACUUGUUCGAAUUUACACGUGAGGCAUCGGAUAAGCUUGCACAGACGUUUCUUUAAGCAAAACACGUCCAACAAUAGGACAGGGAUCUCACCGAACGGAUUCUUGUUUGCUACAACUUUAAGCGUCACAGCCGGCCGGUCUCAUAUGUUGUUUUAUAAUAAUUCUCCUGUGAAGAUUUUUAGCAUCAUCAUUAACUCCGCAGUUUCCUAUUCGUCUUUGGGUGGUUGAUUAAAUCUAAGCAAUCAACACUCAUAAGAAAGCAACGAAGAGUCCUGGUACCUCAAGAAUAACCGUGCAUUCGAUAUGCAAUUUUCGUGGAGACGAACAUGGUACUUAAAAGGAUAUUAUGGUCCCCUGGUGUCUCUACAAGUACCAAAACGUGCUUCUGUGCUGCCAAGAGCAAAACUGAGUGCAACGACUCAAAAAGGCGUCAAUUUCUUAGGCUCAUUGAAAUUUAGAAGUUUCGGAGGAAGUAAGUUGAGUAACAAGAAAUAAUUCGUUUAUUCGUUAAAGCUUGAGUUGUUUAAACGAUAAACAAGUCGUUUUUUGCCUAACUCUGAUAUAUUUUUCUGACCUAGGGUCCUUGUGCACCUAGAACUAUUUUUUCUCAGUGUCUCGCAUUUUCAUAUUUUUCGUAGUUGCACACAAUGUAUAACCUAGUGAGUGUGCGGAUGCAGGGUGUCCCCAGGCAGCAACAGCGUCAACAAUUAAUAAUUUCACAAUUUAUAAAGAAUAAAAAUAUUAUAAUGAGCGACCUCUUCGUGCUUACGCUAAAUUCGCGCUUGUUACUUCGCAGAAACGAACGAAAAGAUUUUAACCCGUUGUGGUCGGCUUGGAAUAUCAAUGAAGGCAAGGUACUUCUAAUAAAGAUUUUAAUCGGCGACUUAACAAGCUUUGCUGCUCGCCGUGGCUGAAGUGAAAGCCUGAACAAUUUUAAUUCCGAAAGACAUACCUAGAAGUAGCGUAUAAUGCACGUCUGUGUGACCAGUCAUGUUUGGGCGAAAAAGGAGAAGACUAAUUUGGCUCCAUUACCAUGCAGACUAUUUAUUGGGAGAUUUCGUUUGAGUAGGUGAAUUUUCUACGUAUUUCAACUCUCUUUGAUUCCGAACGCCUCAUCUUCAGUUUUGAGUGUUGUCUAUGUGUUGGAAAACCCACCAACUCUUUGGCUAUUUCUAUUACCUCGGUCUACUCGAUCGUCGACCUAUCUUCCUUGGAGAUAAGUGCGUGUGGUCUGUUGCACUCUCAGUGAGCUGCAUGUGUAUUAUAUGUGGUAUGUGUCCUAUGACACAGCGUUCGUUGUCGCCAGUAGCAGGCUGAUGGACGGGCAGAAGGGGAUCGAAUGAGAUCUUAACCACAACAGUGAGAGUCACACGUUUAUUUGGCAUAUAUAUAGGCAGAAUGGUAUUACCGACAAAGACAAGGGAGACUGGAAUGGCCAUUUCUGGCUUAUUAGCCGUCGUCAGCCAGUCAUGCCCAAGCCCGAAGUGUGGAACACCCGAGCCUCGAACUCGCGCCCUGUUAGUUAGAGGUCCACGCUUCUAACCACUGCGCCACGAGCCCGUUGCCCUGUCGGUUUUCGAUCGGGAAUGUACAAUGGUAGGGGGCACUCACCGAUCGUUCAUAUGGAACUCACUCGUUCCGUUGUGCCUUACGGGCUCUCUCUAUCGGCUCUCUCUCCCUCUCGACGACGACGACGACUAAUUAGACAGAAAUGGCCAUUCCAGUCUCCCUUGUCUUUGCCGGUAAUACCAUUCUGCUUAUAUAUCAUGCGCCGGUGAGCGGCUGCUGGUUGGGCUUGAGAGAGGGAGCCCUUAAGGCACAACGAAACGAGUCAGUUCCGUAUGAACGAUCGGUGAGCGCCCCCUACCAUUAUAUAUAUAUAUAUGUAUUUCGAAAGAAAUAAGGUCUUUGGGAAAGAUAAACAAGUUUUAUUGUAAAUUUUCGAUCUUGAUUCCCCAAGUCGUCUUCAGACGUGAAGUAAGUGUGCAAAACAGUUAACAUUUAAACAUGCCGAAAAAAUCGAUUUUGCCUUGUAACUCCUGCUGGUGUAAUGUUCUGAUUGGCUAACGCCUUUUUCACUUUUCCUUGAGGCUGUUGUACACCGUAUCCAAUUCUACGUGUCGAUUGAUGCAUGCGCUAUCAGAAUGGAUGGCCUCUAAAAAUUCACGGCCCUUUUUGGAUGAGUAGACACCUACAAUGCGAGUCCUGUCCCAGGCGAAUUUGUGUCCCGUUUCUAACGUAUGUAUGGCCACUUGGGACAAGUGGUCGCGUCUUUUUACGGCCAACUGAUGUUCGUGUAUUCGCGUAGAGGCCGAUUUCCCAGUUUGACCGCAGUAAACUGCAUUAGAGGUGUUGCAUGGUAUCUUGUAGAUGACUUCCUUCUUAUCUAAAUAGCCAGCCCUAUCCUUAGGCUGUACAAGCUGGUUACGAAUUGUAGCCGUCGGCUUGUGCGCCACAUGCAUUUGGUGCUUCCUCAAGUGUCUUUCAACUAGUUCGGACACAUUCUUAAUGUACGGAAGUUUUCGCCAGUUUUUUGGUUUGGGCGCCCGAUGGGAACAAUCUGGUUCCUUCUCUCUUUCUUUUAACUACUGUCGUCGCAUGCAUCGGUGUACAAAAUAUCUAGGAUACCCAUUCUGGGAAAACAGUUUUAACAAAUACUUCAGUUCUGUUUGAUAUGUUUCGCUGUCAGAGCAGUGAGUUCUUGCUCGGUUAAGGAGGCUGUUCACGGCACUCCGUUUGUGAGAGAUCGGGUGAUUGCUCUCGUAAUGCAAAAGGACUUCUGCGUAGGUUUCUUUGCGGUAAACCGAAGUAUGAAAUGUCCCGUCAGGCUUUCUCUGUACGAGGACAUCAAGAAACGGGAGUUUGUUGUUAGCCUCCUUCUCGAGUGUGAAUGUGAUUCCUGGAAGUGUUGAGCUUAUAAUAUUGUGGAGUAUUUCCAGUUGAUCACUUUUAACAAUGACAAACGUGUCAUCGACAUAUCGUACCCAUAAUCUGGGGUUAAUUAGUGGUAAGGCGAUAGCCUCUAAUUUCUGCAUCGUGACUUCUGCAAGAAAACCAGAGAUGGUUUAAAAUUUGCGUGACUCAGGUAAUUGAAUAGGAGAAGACGCGAAGUAGCGCCCACUCAUCUACCCUGAUAGCCUGAGAUAAUAAAGGACGAUAUUAUUAUACCCUGGACCUUCAGGUAUAGGCACCAUACCACUUAAUGUCUAGUAUAUUAAAAUGUAUCAAAUCCUAUUAAAAAAAUAAAGGAUGUUGCGCGGGCCAGUCCCUCUUAGAUAUAUUUUUUAUUAUCUUGCCACCGAAACACGCAUUGUAAGCGGUCUUUAGGGAGCCAUUGCAAUAUUUACAUUUAUGAUCGGAGGUGAGUUUGACCAGCCUGGUGGAGAUAUAUGCGGUGUCUUGGAAUUUUUAAAGGGCUGAAUAUCCCAUGAAAAUGCACAUGACGAGGGACCACGUGAGUUAUAUUCGGAGACGUCAGAAGUGUCCGUCACUGUAAGAUGCUGACUGCUGAAAGGGUAGUCUUUCAACGCCUCACACCCUUGCCCUGUGAAGGCGGAUCUCGUCAAUAUAUAGAAAACAAAUGUGCACUCCUCUUCUCCGAUACACUUUUCUACAGAAAUAUCGCUUAGAAGUUUACUAGUGACGGGGUUUAACAGGCAGAGAAAGUGCUGUCGUCCAUAUGACCUAGCCUUCUCCCAUCGCUCCUCCCUUUAACAAUCGCUGGGGUGCGUUACAUUCACAACAAACUUUAUUUGACCCUUUCAGAGAGGAGGAAACAGUGAUCAUGUGUGAUCUGUGGGUGGAUAAGGAGGCCCCUUCCACAGAAUGCGGUGGUAGAAAUCGCGAUGAAACAGUUCGAAGCGUCUAUACAGUGCGAGAUGAAUGACCCAUGUGUUCCCGCGCGAUCGAUACGUUACUGACGAGCCCAGGAUGGCCACCAUCGCGACAGUAACCUUGAAUUGGACGCCCUUGUCCGAGGCUUCGCGCAUUCAUGUUCACGCAGUGAAAACAACAGCGCCUGCACAACCUGUAGGGUCGUGCUACGAUCGGCCGCACGUGCAGAUAAAUCCAGGAUCACUGCCUGUCCUCCUUUUACCCUAUGCUCGAGCGAGGGACUGUUGACUGAGUUACUCCGCCAAAUCUCCCGAUGUGAGAAGUGCUCAGCUCGCGCGCGGGAAGGCAGCGGAGGAGACGACAGAUCUAGCGAAGAAGAGUGGGGCGUAUGCGGUAGAGAGGUUGUGCGGGUGCUUCCGCAAGAGGGAAGACGCCGCUUACUAUCUGACCGCGUGUGAGUAGUCGCAGUCGCAUGCUGUUGGCGGCCGCGCGCACACAUCUGUUCGGUCAAUGCUCUCACUCUGUCCCUCCCUCUCUCGUACUGAGCCGUCACAUUAAUUUGAUCUCGUCGUCAGAGACGCGAGGUAGCUAGCGCCGUUACACUUCGAAGUCGAUUGCGUGUCUUAUAUAUGCUGCCGUUCAGGAAGGUUAAAAAUGUUGCGAAUAGCGGGAUGGGGAAAGCAGCCGGUAGAUCGUUCGUUAUUUACUCAGGGUUCUUAGAUCCAAAGAGCGCGCUCUUAUUAGGGCUUCUCAGGGACGGCAAGUUGCACCGAUGCGUCGUGGGAAGCCAACGUUGUACCACCUACAAGUACAUCCGACAUUCGCUAUCCGCUUGCCUUUUACAGUCUUUGGGGCGCUGACUCACUUUAUACCUGCAAUGGUUCAUUCCCCGUAUAAGACGUUCCUCGUCUGUCAGUUAAAGGGGGCCGGGAUGCCCCUCUGAUAAUUGGGCAAACUGUACUCGGGAAGGUGCGUUAUGGUCAAUGCAGCACAAUAGACACAGUACCAUGCAUGACAAUAUUUGUUCCCCUUGAGACUACCUUCAGUUUUCGGUAAGAUGUGGUUUGGUAGCCCCACCUGAUGGACACAAUACUGUUGGGGUUGGGGUUAGGGCUGGGGGUUAUGGUAAGGGUUUGGGGUUUAGAAUUAGGGGUUAUAGUUAGGGGUUAGCGCAACUAUAUCUCAACCAUUUAAAGUACAACCGCACAUUCUCAAUAGGUUUUUUUGUAUACAACUACUUGAGCCUGUCGCCUGUGCGUUUCCCGACCCCACCUGUAAAACCCCUAUUACCACCUGUCCUUUAAUAGAGGUGACUGAGGUUUGUUUACUGCAGGUGCCAUAUAGGGUUCAUAAAAUUUAAUAAUGGAUGUGGACAAUGUCGUAUACUUCUUAUAAAGCAUUAAUAAACAGGCGGGUGCGAUGCUGUCCAAGUGAAUAUUGCAUGGUCUUAAAAAUCUCAUAAUUUGGAAACCCUUUUGAAGCCGAAAUAUACGCUUUGCUUGAGCGUAAAAUUUGAAGAUGUGAUUUGUUACCAAACGAAUGCAUGAAAGUAUAUGCUCAUACAUUUUCUCUACGAAAUGUGUUUUAAUUUAUAAGGACAUCGAAAAUCAACAGGAAAGUAUACGUACUAUUUAUGUGACCACUUUUUACCGAGUACGAUUUUUGUAGGCGGCCGAAAAGGAAUUCAUUCAAAAGCCGUCAUCCUGGAGUGUCUGAAAUAUUAUGGGAUUGGACUGCACGACGAUAAAUAUUAUUAUUCCACUAAAGCCAUCAUUCUUAAUUAAAAACGCGUUUCAGAAUUUCGGUUAACAUUUCAUGAGAUGGACCACUGACUGUAGUUUAUUCCAUUUCGAAGCUUGUGACAGUCUUGGAACUGGUCUACUUGUACAUCGAUCACAUCGUUUAUCAGCGAAUACGAAUAGUAGAUUUCCGCUCAAUCAGUCUGUUGAAAAGUGGGUCAAGACCUUAUUAUGUGUCCACGCACAUAGAUACUUGCUCUAAACCUUCCUGAGUCUCCAGAGGACCGAGAUUGACUAGACAGAUUCCCGACCUAAUACACUAAAUGUUAGGACCGUGUGUUCCCCUUGUUCCCUUGCCUAGCAGAGCACACGAACCCAUGCUUCUUAAACCGCCGUACUUCCUGUAUAAGUAGUCCUUUAUUUCGAAAUCUCGAAUUUCGGCUUGCAAUCGAUGACUGAAGAGUCAACGUAUUUUUGCGGAAGUAAGCUAAAAUUUUAUCAUCUUCCGACAGGCAUCACCAUUGAUGACAGACAGACUUUUCUUGCCUAUCAAACUGGUUGUUGUCAAGGCCUAGUUCGUUUUGUCACUUCAAGACUAGUUUUCUGUCAGAGGACUCAGUCAGCACCAGGGCCAUUUUCAAUAUAGAACUGUUCACUGCCUCAUAGUUGAGUACAACGGCUUUCACUACAUGAGUGAUCUGUUUUCUCUUCGGGUCUUAUGAUGCCUUCGUGAAUGGCCUACUUUGCGGAUAUAAAAGAGUCACGUCAAAUGUACGGUACUUAGCCGAAGAGGACGAAGCCCUUUCGUAUAGUAGGUUUUUUCUAAGAUCCUUAACUGAAUACGCGCCCACUGUGCCCGGAGGAUUUCGUCGAUCUCCCCGGCCGUGAGGAGAAACGAAAAUCUUAUUUGCUUAGUGGUUCUGUAUACGUUUGUUUCCAAGGGCUGACUGGUGGUAUAUCAACACCGCAGGCAAACUGCACCCACUUAUUUCUUAAUUCGGGCAUGUUUGACUAUAUACGCUUUCAGCAUCGUCCGCAUUUACGUUGCUGUUAAGAGAAGGGUGAUGUCGCAUGAUUCUCAUUGGUCAUUUUCAGAGAAUACGCAACUGACCAGCCACUCUAUGAUUUACCAUACUGACAGCUCAGGUACUGGCUAAAGCCCAGACACAUGUUUCGCCGAUAUUCAAUGUGACAAAUUAUGCAGCAUGUGUAUACUAUUGGCUGUCUGCUGGCACUUGAUGAAUAUUACGCGGUUAUUCUGCGGGAGCUGGUAGAUUUAGCCUCGAAUGUUCAUAGCAACUUUUGGAUUGAACCUAGGAAGCUUUCGUUCGGAAAGCUUCAUUCGUAGCACCAACCCUAACUCCAACGCUCCCUGGAAUGUGAGAUAAGGUCGCAUGUAAUACGGGUGGGGGUCUAUAUUCUCGGAAAAUAUGACCACCAGUUUAGUCUCAAGAGAAAGUAUAUUAAUGCAUUUUUUGAAGAGCCGGUGGAUAAUAUUUUAUACAACCACAAAGUAGGCGAAUUUAAAAAGAGAAUUUGACUUGAUCGAGAUCUUUGAACCGGGCGGGGUUAGAUCAAACGUAUACAGAAACAGAGAAGCUUUCUUUUGUGUGCACAGAUGACCCUGUUUCUAUCGCAUUGCAUUCCACCUCACUUCAUUGCCUUCCUGUUUGUGUUUACGUCUACUCACUCAUUUUAAUCCCUCUUUAGCACUCUUCGUAGGUUAUUGGGGACCGUGAAAAACUCUAUCACAGCUUUUUGCAAUAUGACCUUACGAUUUCCAUUUGUCCACAAACACAUCCGUUGUGUUCUGUAUCCAGUCGCGUGCCUCAGUACUCUGCGUUCAAAAUGCGUUGAAAUAUUCAAAGAUGAAGUCAUUUUAUUCUAGGUUUUCGAACUGAUUUUUCAACUAUGUUUUUUCCUUCGAAUUAUGUCAAAAUGAACGUGAUACUAAGCAGAAAGCUAUGACAGACGACGUUACACGAUUCCCUUCACGGUCGAAAAAUCCCACUCAUUCGUUUUUAAGGCCGAAAAGCAUGACGGUUUUUGCGAAGUUGAGAAAUGAGAGGAAAGUUAUUUUCUGGAUGCAAUCCAUUCUCAGUAUCCAGCUUCACGUUCUCCUUCACUGAACUUUAACUAGUCCAGCUCGCAUCAUAAAAAUCGGACCCUCUUAAAAAUUUUAGCACUUGUCUGCAGGACAGUGUGUGCCAACACUCAUCACAUGCCGAUGUAAAUCCAAAAAUAUUCUGUCGACUAAAAAUACUAAUUAAACUUAAUUACCAUAUUGAUAUACGUGAAAAACGUAUCAACCUGCCUACUAAAUAGCAACAUACCGGCUUGAGACUAAAACUCAUCCGUAAAAUGGGUAAAUUGUAAUCAGCAUAAAAUUUCCUAUCAGAAAAGGUUUCAUAGAGUUUCUUGAUUACGCAAGGGCAGUCAUUUUGAGUCCAAGGGGUCUAUGUGCUAUCCUUUCGUGGGACUAUGUCAUUUCAAAAGAUUUCGUGGAAGUAUGUGAGUAUUAAGAAGUCAGCAAAUUCCUAUCCUUUUCGAACCCUUGAUUUUUGCGAUUUCGCACAAUUUUCAUAUAAGUUAGUCUGAAUAUUUGCUAAUAGUAACUGAUUAUUUGUCUUCUUAUUCCUACCGGGACGUUUAGACAUUUCGAAACUAACGGAAUAUGACUGGAAUAAGGGCGAAACUUAAAAAUUAAGCUCAGAUAACUCGCCCAUAUUGCGCGGCACAUGCAUUUGAGUGAAUGUCUCAAAAGGUCCUUAAAUUGCGGUUCCUUUGCAAAUACAAAUCUGCAACUCUUCCAAAGCCUAAUGGUUACUAAAACUCAUUUAAAAAAUGGUGAGUAUACAAACUAACCCCAUGUUUUUCCCUUCAAUAUAAAACCGGGAUUGUUAGUGGGGAGAAUAUGUUCCUUUAGUACUAUCGACCCACACGAAAGUCCCGAUGCUGCAUUGUAUGAAAUGAACGGACGUUUUGCCGUUCGAUGUUACAACUCACUUUAAACAAUAUUGUUACCUGAACUUGUAAAUGCAAAUUUCCAUUUGUUGUUGUAUAUGUUUUUUGUAGUUUCUGUGUGUGCGGGAAUUUGCCUUUUAUAGACCAGAACUGACUGCCACAGGGAAACUGCUUGCUCUUGCUGCCCUUUACACUUUCCUAAUGCUUCAAUGCAGUUUUGACCUUUUUCACCGGGGUGCCUUACUUGGAUUGACUGGUUCCCUUUUCUACGCCGGCCGUUUUAUUGUGAGCUUAGAGCCUACUCCUUCCAAUGAAAAAUUACCUUAAUCUCAAAGAAAAUUUAGAUUUUGGAAGGUGCCAAAAGUCUAAAACUAGCUGCUUUUUCCCGUUUUAGGCGACUGUUGGGUUGUCGCGGCCCUGGCUGCCAUGGUAACCCAACCGCGGCUAACACUGCGUUGCAUCCCCCUGGGACAGUCCUUCCGAUCCGACUGGUACGCCGGCUGCUUUUGUUUCCGCUUCUGGCAAUUCGGCGCUUGGGAGGAGGUCAUCGUCGACGAUCGCCUUCCUGUCCGACCUGGUGGACGCCCUCUUUUCGUGCAUUCCAAUAGGCAAACGGAAUUUUGGCCUGCCCUGCUGGAGAAGGCUUACGCAAAGUGAGCAACUUCCAGUCAAGUCUCUUCUGUAGGAAACAUUCACAAUCAGCGAUAUUUUGAGUACCAUAGGAAUAAGCAAAAGGAGACCGCCGAGUUUCAUUUCAACUUAAAGGGAUCCUAGAUUGGCUUACCCCAACACCCACCAAAUUAACCAUCCAGCCAUCAAUUUCCCCCCUUUUGUCUACGAGAAUGGAACUUACGGAUUAUUCAUUCUAAACAGACGCAUGAUACUACGAAGUCCACACGUAAUCAGUCAGACUGUGUGCGGUAGGUUUAAGAAUGUGAAUUUAGGAAUGAGGUCAGACGACAAGCGGGCAACCUGUGUUCCCGGUGUACAAAAGCCAAUCAGUAGAUAGAGAAGCGUUUCUGAUGUCUAAAAACAGGUCAGACAAGUUGCUGUGAUGUUUCUGUUCAUAGCAUUCAGAGGGAGCAGCUUUAUCGUUACGAGAUAUUCGCCGAUCAAAGCAAAUUUUGGAGGCGACAUUACGUUCUCUAUACAUUAAACUGUUGGCUAAUUGCUAACCAAUCAUCAGCCGCGUCUCUCUUUGAUUUCCAAUGCAGACUUUAGAAAAAGAUACUACUUAAACAUGCUUUCUUGUAAGGUUGUAAAAGUGUUACAGAUUGGUAAUUGCUAAUGAUUAAAAUUAGUGAAAUGCUUGCUCAACUGAUUGCUGACAACUUUAAUCUUCUUGAGAAACCCCACAAUUCGAAUCAGAACUCGCAAACCAGAGCCCAAUAGUCGUCUCCGAACUCGGUUAAGUCGCAACUCGCCAGACAGUGAUUUCAUUGGACUGUUUUGCGGACGCUUUAUAUUCGAAUCUGGUCGUUUCUAUCCAUUACCCUGAUAGGGCCCGAGAGCCUGCGGGUUUCACGGCUAGCCUUCGCUGAGGACUAAUCCACUAUCUGUCACCCGUGGACGCGCCACUCAGCCUUCGGUUUGGGCAUCAGGCGGACUCCGUCUCCCGAUAUAUCAUAGUUCGCCUAGAUACAGCGGGUGCGUAAGGCUAUGAAACAUUUCAUAGAUGGUCGAGUUUAUUUGCAGACCGCACGUGUUGGUGUCAUAACUGCAGGUAUAGGAAACGGAUAUGUAUGACUUGGACAUAAGUGGAACAUGAAGCCUUAACCAGGAACCGUAUUUUUGACUUUAAAUCUUUUGUGAAGUUGUUCGAAUGUUGCGCUCGAGUUGGUGGAUCCGCGGGAAGAAGACUUUCCGGAGCCAUGACGCGUUCACGGUCCGUACGAACUGUACAACAACUGUCUCCGUCUACUUUCUUUGCAUCAAAGUAGUUCGUCUCCACAGGGUUACUGUUCGGUAUAGCAGGGCAGCGCGUCCACCACAUCUGAGGGCGAACAUCAAGGCCGCCAGCUGUAUUUUGCAAUACAAUUAACUUCUGUUUAAUGACUACGAUGACCAUUUUUCUGCUUCCACGAAUAGCAAGCAGAAUUCUAAGCGAGGUUGCAGUGUCAUUAAAGUAACCAAAGGGUUUAUCAGAUGUCACACGAUGAACUGCCCCCUCGCAUGCAAAAGCAGACCCGUGCAGUCCAUUUGCUAGUUAAAGACAUGUGACAUAUUGCUCCUUGACACAUACAGUAGGGGGACAAACUAAUGAAAUGUCGACCGAAAUUCCGAAAUGAGUUUUCACUUCGAAAAGAUUAAUUAAGUAGGGUUGUAAAACUAGUCAGUCUGCAACAUAAUUCUAUACUAUUUCAGUUACCUCAGGAUGCCGGCUUUCUAAUUAACUUUCUUCCGGCUGCAUACAAAAACUAUAGUCUGUAAAAAAUGACUAGCUAAAUAGUAUGCAUUUUCUCAUUGAUUCUCGAUGCCCCUAGAAAUUCAAUUAUAUUUCGUGGAAACCUGCAUAAAAUAUUCAGUCUUUUGCUCGUUCCGUAGCAGAUUAUGUCCUCUUCCAGUUUUAUACUCGAAGGAAGGGUAUUAUUUGGUUUUCAAAAACUUUCCAAUUCCUGAAUAAUUUUCAACCCGACCUGCCGUUACACUUGUACUCAGGGUUUUCGUAUAUUUUCGGCGUUCGAAAAACCAUACAUUUCUCUACGAUAUUAGGGGAGACCAUAUGGGGCUCAUAAAAUUUCGCAGUGAGUUUGGGCCAUAUUGUUAGCUUUACAAGGCACAUCGGUAAAUGCAGCAACAUGACGUUUUAUGAACGACCAUUUUUUCAGGUUCAGGUUAUUUGAGGGAAACAUAAGUGUUGAACCAUUGAACGCCCUGUUUUUUACAAGGGAGCGAAUUAUAUAAAACAUUUGAACAUGGAAACAGUAAACAGUAACAGAAGUUUUUCGAAACCAGUCAGAUAAACGAAUUUUUCCAAGUGUUAAAAAACAUUACCACUACUAAAUGUACUGCACAGUAGCCAGUCUAUGCAUAAUUGAUGCGAUCUCAGUUUCCGUGGGGGUCGAAUUGAAUGCCAACACUCACAUUAAACAGUAUUAAAAUUCUCACAAUAAGAAACUUUUUUACAACCGAAUUAUACCCUUCGUUCGUGUAUAAGACUGAAGAAGACGUAAUUGUCUACCAAAUGAGCAGAAGAAUGAAUAGUUUUAUAUACAUUUUCCAUGAAAUAUAAUUGAGUUUUUAAGGGCGUCGAAAAUCACUCAGAAAAUGUACGCUACUUAAGUUGCCAUUUUUUACCGAGUAUGGAUUUGCAUGCAGACGAAAAGAAGUUCGUUUGAAAUCCGGCGUUCUGAGGUAACUUACUUAUUAUAGAAUUAUGCCGCAUGAUGAUUCGUUUUACAACUCUACUUAAUUAAUCUUUCCGAAACAAAAACGCAUUUCGGAAUUUCGGUUGACAUUUCAUGAGUUAGCCCACCUACUGUAAUUAUUGACCUGGCCGACAUAAACUGCCCGCGGACGGGGCCUGCGACAUGACGAACGCUGUUCGCCAUCCAGCGGGCGUCCACCCUACUCAUGAUAUGCCAGACGUGCGGGUGGAAUUAUCCGUAUUUUAAACCACGAACAACAGAAAACCAUACCAUCAACAAGUCGCUCUUCGCAGCCGCCGUCUAGUUAGAUAUAUCGGUAAGGAUUAAGUAUAUGUGCGGGGUGAGAGAAAACUGUGAAAAACUGCCCACUGUGUUCUCCAAUCAAGGUGUAGUUCUACAAAGUUUUUGGUCGGUCCUAUGUCGAGAGGGUGACACUCGCUGACCUGCACCGCCCCAAGAAGCCGGCACUGCUGAAAUGUCUACAAUGGUUCAUUGUUCUGCACAUCCCCUUUGUUUGCCUUGAGAGCGCGGUGCUGACAUACGUAGAUGUCUUUGCGGUGAAGGAGAGUUGUGCAUCAUCCGCCGCUCUGUUUCCACACCCACCGUGCUCCGGCAGUAAGGCAAAGUCUGGAGGAUCGGAGUUAGACUCUGUUUUAUCAUAGCCUUCCAGCAGAUCAGCUGGUUUGGUGACCGUAUUUUGGCCCAUCGACAGCAAGCUUAAACCGCUGUGCUAAUGGGACUCGGUUUCGCAUAGCGCACUGCGGGGCAUGUUCCGGAGCCGUUUGUGCCGUCGGAAUCUUACUCCAUUCCUGUUCGAUCCUUGGCUGACGCGUCUGUCAUACUUGAUUUAAUCGUCUGCAACUCUAUUCAGCACUCGUGUACGAGUGCAGGCGUUUGGUAAAGUGAAUGUUUACUGAAGCGGAAUACUUGGUCAAGAGUUGAAACCAGUAGAGAUGCCAAAAUCAUGAACAGGGGGGAGGAGUACUAACCUACUCCAAAUUAACUCACUUGUUCAAUGUCGUAGGUAGCGGCGACCUUGCCGCCCACUUCAUGAAUGUCCUGUGUCUCCCUGACUACGUAUUGCCUUCAUCCCUCGAGAUCCCUCGGGAAGCGCUUUCGACAGCACCAUUCAACGCCAAGGUUGCACUAAUGUUGACAACCACACAGGUUUUGUUUCCACGGUUUCUGUGGCGGUUAUUGCUGACUUAAACCAAUGUGAUCCUCAGUUUGCGGAAAUGGGAUGCGGCCUAAACUCCUUACUGCCUGUGAAAUAUGCAAUCAACAUACCUGUUUGUAACUCGGAUAUCAGACAAACGGAAGCAUAAGGACACUUUUGCGCGCAUAGACUGUGCUACAUGAUUGCCUGCGGAGUUCAACGGAAAAAGACAAAGCGCGGUUGGGAUAAGUAGGUCAAGGUUUUUCCCGUGAUAUUGUGUACUCCUGACGACAACUGACGGGUUGUCAGGCAGUGGUACACUACCGGGUCCAUUUCCAACUGCGUCUGGGUUUAACCUCAGGUCUUCCCAGCCUGCAUUUGGGGUCAAUCAUGCCAAUGUCGGAUCAUGAUUCAAAAUACCCACUUUAGUCUACUUCGUCUUUGUCGGUAGUACUUCUCGAUAGGCAAUUAAAGAGUGUCCUAUGCCCGGUUCGUCUUUUUAACUAACAAGCGCCAUCGUCUGGGCACACCUUGACUUCGCCACUUUUAACGUGCUACCGCGCAGACUGAUGAGGACAAUAAGAUUGCUUAUCUCAGCGACCACCCGGCCCGCUCGGUUUUGAUAAAUGCUCACCCAACUAUUGCCUAUGCUCACACCUGAAUGUUCUCACACAGAUGUGUUCGUUUUUUCACACGAAAUAACCGUUUUUGGCUUAGCUUUUGGCCCAAAAUGGCUCCGGCAAGGGUGCUAAGCUGACUGACCGAAGACACACUGUUCGGCUAAUUCCUGCAUAGUAACCCGACAACCUAUGGUUGGGCAUGUUUCCAUCCAUCUGCAUGGAUUUCCGAAGCCUGUUUAAAUCUUAUAGUAUGUGCUUCCUUGGAAAAUGUAUCUUCUUUAAAUAUGAUCUUUAAGGGAAGUGAACAUUAGUAUUUUUGCAAAUUCGAGAUAUUAAAAUAUCUGGAACGCCUGCGUUCUCAUUUGCGUAGCCUUCUAUCCACAAGUUUAUCUAUGCUACUCACAUUGUGUGCGCUGUCUUCCGUCUGCAUUUAAAUAUUAUAUGAGCGCCGAAAGGUUUUUUUAUGGAGAUAGACAGGCUAAUAUUCAUUUUCUUCAGUCGAAAUGUCUGGUUUCUGGUUUGGGAAUCUUGAAGAUAGCUGAAAACGCAGAAUUUAUUUCAAAAUAUAUAGACGUAACUAAGCCUCCUUGCCACCGAGCUGAGCCCUUCCUUGACAUAUGCAACUGGCAGGGGGCAUUAUUUGUCAUCAAAUGAACAAACCAGUUAAGUACGAUUCAGUUUGUACAGGCAUAACAGAUCAGCUUAAAAUACACACUAAUCAAGUUAUACAUUUUUUUGUGAUGGAGAAUCACGCAGUUGGUCGAGACUACUCUUGACCGAAAUCUGACAUGCUAUUUCCAAUGAAUUCGUUUGGUUGUACGUUCUUUCCCGGUAAUAGUUGAACCCCCACUCGAAUAAGUUUAGGCUGAGGACGACCAGUUAAUACGAAAGUACCUAAUAUUCAAAUAAACGUGAACUUUAGGUAUGGACAUACUAGUGAUUUACAACACCACAAUGAACAAUAAUAUCCAUGCGAGGCAAAAGGACUUCGAGUCCGACACACCAACUCAUCACUAUCCCGCCCGGAAUUAAUAGGACAUACGUUCGUCCAACUGAAUCUAUUUGCAGUUCUGAUGACACCCAUAGCACUCGCAGCACCUUGUACCUGAAUAGUUGUAGCAACAAAGGAAUGUUUUUGCUGCGAAGAGGUUCAGCUACGUACUAAACUGGAAAAUACCGCCCUGCAAACAGAAGCUGUCAACAUUCAUCCAAAUUUUUGUCACCUAGCGACAGGUCAGCGGGGUCAGUGUUUCCGACACCAUCGAUUGGAACGAAAACAGGAGUUCAUUCGAAAGCAUCUUCUCUCGACUGCCAAUAUUUCCUAGGACACUACCAGAAUGGCCUGCAUUUACGCGGCAGGAUUUUUGCAAUAGUUACUAAAUUUCAUGAGUCAAAAAAAUGAGACUGGCUUAGUUGAAAAUAAAUUGCUCCUUUGUUGCCCAGACUCUCAAUGUAGAAAAUUGUUGUGCGUGAGGAUGUAUUUGGAAAUCGCAGAUGUAUUAAAUGCAAGUAUACAUAUUUGCAGUGAUGUUUUCUGACUGUCAGAUAUAGACAGAGAAGUGCCAGCCAUCUAAAAAUUGUUUGCGUUGUCCCACACAUUGCUGAACACACCUCAUUCUUCACUCAGGAAUGGCGCACACCGAUCCGCUGGCUUUCCGAAGCAAACAGGCUUCGUAUGGGUGAUGGGGUCACGAAUAGGCAGCCACCUACCAGGCCGAAGUCGGCCAAACUUCUCUCGUGAACCAAGGGCUGCAGGCCAUAGUCAACCACAACUGGACCGGCCAGUUUCAUUUGAAGUAUUUUGUGUUUGCCAUCGGCUGUUUAUUGCAUUAUCGGUUGCACGAAAUAUAUCGUCUGAUGGCUGAGAGCAUAGAGCAAGCACUCAUGCAUGCGCUCUGGCCGACUUAAUGGUUGGAUGCUGCCAGAAGCUGUUCCCCUGUCGAUCUCCUUGGCAGCUUUAAGGUACUCCAUUCGGCCAGGGUCGUUUUACCUCUUUCUAAUGAUGGCGGAAAAAGCCUCCUUUACUGCCUUGAAGAAGCACUACCAUGCACAGCAAAAGACAGCAUGGCGCCUUCAAAUCCGUGCUGCAGAACCACGACACAGAACAGCAGGCUGACUGCAGCCGCAGCUAAAUUCGGGACGUAACUUUCACGGAUCUGACUUGAUUGGGAGGUCGGACACGAACAUUCCAUUUUACGUUGAACCUCCUGUCGAGAGUCCCCAUAAGUAGUUUUUUGGAGACGGGCAAUCUCUAGUCGAAAAGGGUUGCAAUAACCUUGUCAGUAACACUCCUCGCUUGUGGACUGAUUUUCAAACCGGGGAUGUUCCACCAGUUUUGGGAAGAUUGUGGUUUAUAUUGUCCAUAUCCUACUAUCUAAAAGACUCCAUGCAUGCAUCAAAUGGAGUGACCAUUUUCGCGAUGUAAAAUUUACUAGUCGAAACUUUAAAGCCGGAUUGUUCUUCAUUCUAAGCUUUUAAGUCUGAACCAUGCCUAACUCGUUUCUUUAAGCUGGCAUUCCGAGUUCUAAUACUUGUGCGACAAGGUUUUCACUGCCGUGGUGACCAUUAUUCGUCCUUAGAAUAUGUAUACCUACGGAUGUACAGAUCUGUCUGAGCGUAUACUAAAAGCGUAUGCCUUUUCCAGCUUUAUUGAAGGAACUAUAAAUUUACUUUGCUUUUUUUCUAAAAUACUUGAUCAUAUCAGAGACAAAUAAUAAGAUUGUAAGUUCCUGCAACCUAAUAUACGAAUUUGAGUAGGUGAGAAUUGCUUAACUUAUCAACCACUGUCGACAGUUUUUAAAAUUAUAAUGUACAGACACUUUAGCAACAGUAGUGACAAGAAUGCCUACACCAGUCUUUUAAUUUUUAUAACAUCGCUAGGCAGCAGAAGCGAAAUAGCCUGGAGGCUACUUCACCGCGAGCUACUUAUAUCCUCUUUAAAGGAAGGGGACUUUGGAUUUUUUAUUUAGAAACGUCGACUAUGUUGAUAUUAAAAAACCUAGUGAUUCAGUGGGAUAUGAGCAUAUACAUGUCCCUCCCAGAACUUUAGCGCAAUACCACCCCUAAUGCGGGAAUGGGGUAUAAGCGGUUGUACGAGUGGACCCUUGACAGUCUUAUCGAAAGCUCAUUGGCCAUCCCGUUUCAGGAUCAGUUAUCCGAUUAUUUCCCAAAAAUGGGUGCGCAGCACUUGCUUUAGGAGAUCGCGCUGUUUCCUAUUCAAUGCUUAUGCUGCGCAGGGUUGAAUCCAUAGCUACUUAGUGCAUUAGAACGACCAAAUGGCGUAAAUAUGCCUUUAUGACUUGUUGCAUGAUUUUACCCUACCGAUCGUUCAUUUAAAAGGUAUCGACCAUGAAACCCCCAUUUUAUUAGUGUCCUCCUAUGAGGGGUGAUCUUGCGCCAAAGUGCUGGGGGCUGUAUAGUCAUAUCCGACCAGUGCUUCUUCCAUCUAUUUAAUCAUAACUUACAUUCCUGUAUGUUUCCAGGGAGCUAAUUUCACCCGAUCGUUAUUUUCAUGUGUCUACCGAGGCUCGUCUUAAUCCUCACGUGAUGUUUGCAUGUUAUUACAGUUGUGAAGAAGGAUACACGAUCGCUGGGACAAGAGCUUUAUUCGCCUGACGUUUCGGAUUCCUGCUCUAACCCAUCCUCAGAGGCAAAAACAGAUACGGGUAGUUCAUGCACAAGGGGCUGCAGUAUUUAUAGGAUGCAGUCGCCAUUCUACCGCAUACCUAUGCGAAUUCACGGCUCCCCACCUUCAUCAGGGAGCGCACGGGUGAACAUUGCUGCCAACACCAGGGUCAGUGCGUCAGAUGGUCGAGCAAUCAUCACACCAACAUCCAACGCCCGUGAUGAAAUCGCAACAAUUAACUACGCGAAUGUCAGCCAUCAAACAGUCAUCACAACAAAUGAACUGAUCCCUGAUGAAGGGGGGGGGGUUAAGGGAGAGCCGUGGAUUUCCAUAGGCAUGUGGUAGCAUGGCGACUGUAUCCUAUAAACACUGCAGCCUCUUGUGCAUGAACCACCCGUAUCUGCUAUUGUCUCUGGUGACGGGUUCGAGCGAGAAUCAGAGAUGUCAGGCGAAUAAAGCUCUUGUCCCAGCGAUCGUGUCUCCUUCACGACUGCUUCCUGAGGCUCGUCUCUUCACUUCUGUUGUAACAAUUGUCAGCACAUAAAGUUCUUAAUAAACUACGAGUUAUGCGUCAGUUUAAAUGAAAUAUCGCUUGCUCCCCAGUGUUUUGGCACUAUUUUCUUACUGGUAGCAUACUUACCAAUGUUAGUCCUUUUUUGAAUUGUGGUUGCGAACUGGAACAUAUUGCGCCAAUUGCUCCUUAAGGGAAGAAAGUGGAUAGUUUGGGCAGUUUAGGACAAAUGACAGUGCAUAGUCGAUGUUGCCCCAUGAUGGAUGAGAUCUCGCACAAACACAGACGCACACCCUGUGCUGCAGUUUUGUUUACCCGGAAUACAAAGUUUUCUUAGGGAAAAAGAGCCGACUGUACAGAUAGCGCGAGUGGAUAAAAGCCGAAAUUUCCAGUCCCCAAGCCUGUCUUCUGGGCUUUUUCGCGCCACUCGCGGUUAAAAAUAUCUCCGAAAGGGCUUGCACCGUCGCCGAGGCAUAGCUAAGAUCUUGUAAAUGCAAAUACCCUGGGGAAUUGGAGCUCUUUGAAUGUCUUCUAAUUCUUACAUCCCCCACCGGAAGCAAAUGUGUGCGUUUUCUGCGUGUUGACGCGGUCAUUUGAUGUUUUGUCCUACUUUAUUCGACGCGUGCCGCCUUUUGAUUCACAGGUGGCCGCGGCUUUUGUCAUACGCGUCUUCUAAACUACUCCGAUAUUAACAUUUCGUUUUUUUAAUUUAAGGAAACCCGUCACCGUUUUUCUUUGCUUGUUCAUCAUGCGAGGGGAUGCGGGUUUAUAUUAGUCGCACGGUUUGAUCAAGCGUGGAUAGUAAGGAAUAGGCAAAAGCUACCAGACCUGCAUCUAGACUGCUCAGAAUAUAACUGUUAUUUUUUACUAGAUUGAAUCUCAUAAUUUAGUCAGAAUGUACCCAUUGACGUUAUUCACACAAGGUUCAUCCAGUUAUAUACAUUUCUGGCAUUUAUCCUAACUGAUUCAGCCCGUUAUGCAAGAUCUCAUACUCAUAUUUUCAGUAUGACUGUUUUACCGUAAUAACUGGGUCAAUCUGAUUACACGUUAGAAGUUUUGCGAAGGUAAAGUUCGUUGUAAAUAGACUUACUAUCGAGACAGUUCUAAACGUGUUAUCUGUGGUUUAUUGUAUUGCCAAAAUCCAAGGUACUAUAAGCCAAGGCUUCUUAAAGUGCCUAUCGUAAAUUUUGUCGUAAAACAUGAUUUUCGAUUAAUAUUUAAACAGGCUCAACGGAUCCUAUGAGGCUCUGAACGUAGGAUUAAUCGGUGAUGCGAUGGACGAUAUUGUAGGAGGUUUGACCGAAUCCUACUGUCUGGCGCCGGGAGAAGACCAGGGUAUGCGACCCCCACCAGAAAUCGAUGACAUCCUCAUCAAGGCGUUUGACCGUCGAAGUCUGAUAACGGCACGAAUAAAGGUAGUUUGACUUUCUCUCCAGUUCGUCACUUACUAACUUUUCCCGUUGCACAGUAGCCCUAAUUUCCGUUCGGGCUUCUGGACAACAGUCAGGCUUACAAAAUAACGCAUCUUUAGAAUGAAGAAAUAAAAAGAACUCAGCAUUAAUUAGUCUGACCGUGACCUGACUCUUUUUAGCAACCAGAUGUGCAUGUGAGCCUUUGUAGUGGCUCAGAAAAGACUUAUCUUACCUGUUUGACCAAUUGUUUACAGCAGUUUAGCUGAGACCUGCCUUCGUAGAUAAUCACCUAAGGAACGUUGGAGAACAACUCAUUUAUAGAUUUGAGCGACAUUUGAAACGGAAAUUGCUGCUCGCGGAACGCCAGAGAGGAAUUUUUGUAGCAGAGCGAUUCAUAUGUGCGAAUCGUUUCGAUAAGUGCAUUAGACUUACUUAACUACUUACUUACAGAAGGAAAAACCUUUCAUCGGAAAGUUCCCAGAGGACAUCCCAACCUGGAGAGGAAAACGAGAGCAAAAUAAGUACGGCGGAAGACAUUUGCAGGAAGAAAACGUGGUCGGGACGGUACAUCAAAUUGACGGGUUCUGCGCCCCCUAUCCAGACGCGAAAACUGCUUUUUUGUUUGGUUGGCAGAACAAGAUGAAUUUACACAUCAAAAGGCACUUAAAAAGAAUUGGGCAUAAUUCGUAUUGAACUGAGAGAAAAACGAUUUCCGGGAGCGAUUUGUAAUCAGAACUAUCUAGGAAGGACGAACGACGCCGACGAUUGAGUCUUAUUUUUCGCAAUUGCUUUCUGGAACUCGUUUUUCUCUUAUAUCGGUAAAAUCCUUGUCUCUGCGGUCGAGUUUUCUUUCGUGAGAUGUCCGUUGACAAGAUGAGUCUCGCCUUAAGCUGCCCUCCGAGGUAGACGAGACCGACGAACAAGUGAAAUAAUGAUUGGCUAAGGCAUUCUCACACGUCUUAUUUGUGGCAUAAGUCCAGGUAUCAUUAUUUGCAAUGCCAAUUCUGCGUCCGUGAAACGAAGACAGCUCCUACUUGUAUUUUCGCCAUUAUUUUCUCACCUGAUGCAGAUUCAAUUGCUCGAGCGAAUUGACCCCUGUUGUGAGGUAUGCGAGAGAGAGAGAGAGUAUGCUAGUGCGCCUUGAUAACACUUGAAGUAGGGACGACCAAAACUCUAUAGUGAUUCACUUAGUGGAUGCAGGUCACAAAAUGGACGCAAGUGACCCUGUCCAGCAGAUAUGGCUCUUGCUCAAUACAGCGUGCGCAGCAAUCAUUAAACUAAGCUGGUGGGUUUUUGUGUGUAAGGAAAUCUUGUCCAGACGUUAGGGUUUUUAUGGCCCUCGUUCCACUCAAAAAGGUCUUACUGGCUGGUUGGCGUCGUAACAGGUGAAUCCAGGCUCCGUUCAUUCACUCGCAGGAGAAUCGUCCAACUGUUCUGACCUCCCUUUUUACAAUGCAUGCUCAGAUGAUAAAUUUCUUCGGUCCUGACGAAGACUUAUCUAAAACAUACGUUUUCCACGUUCUCUCAUAAACCAGGUAAAUAUAUCUCGAGAUACCUUUCUUCAGUGGCCUAUCUUCGAGUAUGCUGUCGAAAAAAGAUGGACGAAUAGCAAGACAAAAAAUAUCCUGCAGUGUUUGCAGAAUUUGAUUGAAUUCUUUUUAAAAUUCUGCCUCUGUUAUUUUAAAUCCUCAAAGCAUUCCAAGUAUCUAUAACGAAGCAAAUAACGGACAAAUGAACAUAAAAUAUAUCAGCAAAAAUAACUUCAUACGAGCUGAUACAAGCACUGCGAUGGUUGCGUGCAGAGGUAAACUCAUUGCACAUGGAGGUUAUGGCGAAAUCGUUGUGCGACUGGAAGCGAGGAAUACGUACCUGCCCAGGAGGAACCGAUGCUAGCUGAUCCAUUCUGGUCGUAAAAUGAAAUGAGUGUUUUCGAAUUCAAAUUAGAAUUGUCUGGCCUAGAAUUUCGAAACUACUAGCUGAUUAAGACUAAAAAGACCGAAAUGGGCAUUGAAUUGUCUAUCAUCUUUGUCGAUAGCUCUUUUCAAGUACCAAUUUCCUUUAAGGGUGAGGUUAGGCCAUAUUUAUCGUGAAAAUGUUUGUGAAGUUCUAGCCUCUUUCUUAUUGACUUGCCAUUGAAGACCGACAAUGAGUAUAUGACAGAAAAUGUCAAACAACCGGUGUGGACGACGGUAGCUUUUACAGCCCCACUUUGCAGCCAGUAACCUCGAGCUCGUGUAAUACGGGAAUGGUGGUAAUAGAGGUCUUACGGCGGGGCAUCACCGCGUAAGGUAAGAAAAAUUCAUACAAUAACACUUAGAAAAUAGAUAUAUUUCCGUUGAAUUUCUUCUUCUGUACCUAUAUAUAGCAGAGGGAGUGAGUGCAUUUAUUGAAAAAAACAAACAAAAGGCACGUCUCAAUAAAUAAAAGGUAAUUGAAUAAUCCGCCGCCUGCAAAUUGGCGACAGCCCAGGACCCAAUGAAACGAACAACCAAUAGGAGAGGAGAACAGCAAGUGCCAAAUAUAGUAACUCUGGAACGUUACUGCAAAGUUGCGUGACGCACAUGAAUAUUAGAGAAGCUAUGGAAAUACGCCCUAAUAAACAAGGAAAAAACCAAAUAACGUAGGUGUGGGCGCCUGCUUGUGCCAUUAUAACAAGUCAACCUACUGCUGUAAAAUAAAAAUUUAAGGAAAACAAAUAUUUAUGUGUAAAGGUUAUGUGCAAUAAUGAAAUGCAUUCAUGAACAGAAUAGGUAAUAAUGGUUGUUUGUUUUCUUCCAAAACACAGAACAUCAACUCCAGGUCGCAGAAAAGUCGGACAACUGAAACCUGAUUUUUUGAUCAAAGCGAAGGAAAUGACCGAAGCUAUAAACUCGGAGAAGGUAGUAGAAUACUGCCAGACAAAGGCACCGCUAUCUAGCGUCGCAAAGUACCAAUACUUUGGACUGCACACUGACAGAUAUGUAUAUGUACCGGUGCGGACAAUGUUGAAGGAGGAAUGCUCUAAGGGCUCCAGUCUCGAGUCAGAUAAUAUGCACCCACGUAGACUUGGCUCAAUAUCGUCUGUGGUUUGGCUUAGACAGCGUAGGUUUGAAGCUAGGGUGGGAAAUAUUCCCGUCAUAUAUUGCCAAAGCAUAUCCGGUACAACAGCUUCCCGAAUAAUAAACCUGAAUGCCUCCAUCUUGAAGUCAAUUUGACGACCAUUUGUAAGUAAAUAUUUGCACUUAAACUCGACGGAAUUUAACUGCCUUAUUACAGGUUACGAGAGGGACCACGCACAAGUAUACUUAAAGAAGUUCGACAACAGAAACUGUUUGAAGAUAUCGUGGAAGUUGAGUGUUUGUGUCCUAACCGAGUCAAAGUAAACCAAAACGUAGUCAACAUCUCUUACAGCAGGCGUUGUAAGGUGAGUACCGACAUGGCACAAGAGGGUCAGUCAAGUCUUUUCGAAGAGGUAAAUAAGUCAUAGCAUACACGCCCGACGACAGACAUCGUCUGGAGUUGUCGUGAAAGCUGGGCGGCUGUGCUCUAACUGAGGCAAAGUAAACGAAACGCAGCCAACGACCCUUACAAUACGCUUUUUAUGGUGAGAACCGACAUGACCCAAGGAUGCAUAGCCACCCUUUUGGAAGAAGCGGAUUACGGAGAUGGGGGAGCGAAAUCCGAAGGCUGUCUUAUGCCGGACAAUGUAUCAGUAGAACAUAUCAUACUGGAACGACUCGGUGUACGUGGUUAUGCCAGUGAAUUUAUGAGUUGACAAACUAAACGGGGCUUACUAAAACAAACAUAGUAGUAAGGUAUGCACACUAAACCUAGUUGGGUUACACAACCUAUCCUCACCCCAUUGUGCUAUACCGGUGAUUGUCACCGAAAUAUAAACACUUGCUUACUUUUAUAAACACACCCUACUGUAUGCACUAAAUCGGCUGUGUUUUCAGGUGCUUUGAUCCUUGCUUUGUGCAUCCCUAUCUAUAGAUACGUACAUAGAGUAUUCAGCCUAUCUCAUUAAGUGUUAAUCGAAAUUCUGAACUGUAUUUUCAUUGGAAAGGGUUACUCACGUCGGAUUCUAAUAUUGUUUAUCCUGCAGCAAAGUACUACGAUAUUGCAGUCGCAACAGGAUGCCGGCUUCUAAAUGAGCUUCUUUUCGGCCACAAGCAAGAGUCACACUUAGUAAAAGUGGUCGCUUAAAUAGUAUGGGUUUUUUUAUAUACGGUAACACAAAUAUUUCCUACGACUGCAAUAACUGUGGACUAUGUUUUAUAAUUCAUAAGCAACGUUAGUAAACGGACAGAUCCUAAGCUGUAUGAAUGAACUUUUAACGAUCCUGGAAAAACUAUAAUUUCAAACUUUUUAAACAGAAAGAUAUGAUUUCUUAAAGUCUAAAUAUCGAAGAGAAAUCAUUUUGUUAUCGUGUCACCUCUUAUCCUGCUGUGGAGCGCGCGGCGGACGUAGUCGAAAUCGAUAGUCGAACCGUUACAAUAAGGAAUAAUUGUAAGCAUGUUUUCUAUAAAAUAUACUUGAAUUUACAUGGCCUCCAAAAGUCGAUGGUCAGAUUCCAUAAUAUUUAGCUGGCCGUAUUUAGCGAGUCUGGGUUUGCAUGCGGCAGGAGUUCAUUCAAAAGCCAACAUCCCAAAGGAACUGAAAUACCUUGGACGAUGCAGCAAGAUAAUCUUUAUUGCAACUCAAUCUACGUAGGCCUUUUUAUGAAGCUCAUGCCAUAAGUUUGAUUAACAUCUCAGGAGACAGGCCAGAUACUGUAUGUACGUACGCGAUUUUGUUUGUCACACGUAACAAGGAUAGCUGCUCUCUCAGAGAGGACGCAGCCGUAACUUUCGCGCGAAUUUUUAUUUAGUAGAGCAGGUCUUAAUUGUAUCCACCUCACACCUUCCAAUAGCAGGACAAAUUCAGCACGGUCGGUGGGCGUAGACACGGAAACUGAACAACGCUAAACAGCACGUAUCCCAUAACGCGACCUGGUUCCUAACUGCCUGCAUUGCACGCUUAAGUAAGGUCUAAGAUUUCUCAAUGGAGGAGUGUUGGUAAGGCCACCCUAAGAAUGACUCAUCGCAGCCUGACCCUCAUUCCCGUGUAGGACCAGGCUAUUUACCCAUUUGGCAACUUCUCGAUCAACGACUUCCGUCGCCUCCUGAUAGGCUGAAAGUAUGUUCGACUAUUUAUGGCAAGGAAACAAAGCGAUGGACGCGAGCUAGAUUGAUCAGUAGUCUGUCCGAAUGAAGCUGACUGGAAAUGAGACUGUACACAGUAGCUGACAUGAUGAAAAACCCUCGUCCAACAAGUGCCACGCGCAAGAAUCCACCUAUACGACACGUUGCCCGUUAUUACGGACGCUGGCAGAAUUCACUGUACAAUUGUUUGGUGUGUGCUCUGUGAGACAGUGUGGGCAGGUUAGGCGGACAUGACGGGUCUUGUCUGACAGUCAUGACACUGGCCCUUUGCUCUUGUAGCGAUGGACUUGCAGGUUUUGAUUAGACAAAUAGGGUUGUUCCCCGACGUGAAUUAGAUUUCGCAGUUGCUGCAUCCUACGCUCCAUCAGUUAUACCUCACGUCGCGGCCGUGAACGCCUCACAGGCAGUAAAGACGUCGUGGUUCGCUGCAUGCUGAUAAUAUUUUCGUUUCCUGCUUGACUAGUUUUAACAGUAGCAGAAAGAUUGAAGGGUAUUUUACCUAUUAAUACCGUCUCCGCUACGGUGUUUGUGAAGGUUAUGGACCAGCACGAUGUGUUGGUACAGCAUCUUGAGGGGUUGUAGGGCUUUCUAAUUUGGUUGGCUAUAUUGACAUUGCAUUGGAUGCGAGUAUGUUAAAGACAGUCAGUCUGGUCUUUAGAUGUGGGUUGAUAACAAGGGUAUGCUAGCUCGCCUUGACCCCCCUGUAUUCGAUUUGCUUCGGACGCGGCUGAUCCUGUCUUUACGACAGAUAGCCAAGUCUGCCGUUGGGCUAAAGUUUCCCUGGACCCUUGUCUAACCUCCAGGCAUUUAAGUCAGAUCGUCGGAGCGUAUUAGUCCAACCCCUCAUUUCAGCCCUGCCUGCUAGCGUCCGUAGCGAUGUUAUUUAAGAGGAGUCACUUUGCCUGUGCCCAGCAGCCAUGCUCAGGAGGUAUUUGUUCCACCAAAGGUAAAUCUGCAUCAGCACGGCAUGUAUUUUGAACUCACGAGCUGUUUUUGGGACUAACGCGUCCGGUACCGCAUCUUGUUACCUUGCCUGAGGUGGAAGUGCCUCAGCUUUCUCGCCUGGCUUUAUAAACUGUCCAAAUUUUCACCCCCUUAAAGGAGGAUUGGCAGGACGACAACCCAGUAAGUUAUCAGCUGCAAAUUGAGCAGGAUUCCUUCAUGAGUCCGGAAUGUGUACUUUUACUCAAAUGAAGUCCUUGAUGGUUUUGAUGAUACGGAUUGCAGUUACGUCAUCGAUUUUGAAGUGCUCUUAGGGUUGCUACCAAGUAGGUUAAUUGACAGCAGCUGCGAGGCGAUUGUUUAUAAUAAUUAUCAUGUGUGCAGUCAACAGUUGAUGCCGGUUGGUGCAGAGCAACCGUUCUCUACAGGUUUAUCUUUAUCCCGAAUUGGGCGCACCUGCUGUUAAAUAGCCCCAGACUUUGUUGCUUGCCCGCUUCACCUGUAUAUUUAAUGCACAAUUGUCGACAGGGCGAAGGUCCUGUGUGCUCGUCUCUGGAAUUUUGUGCUGACCUGCCUAUGACGGAUUUUUGGUGAUUAACUGUCAGUUCGACAGCCAAUAUCGAUGUCUAGUCGAUCUUCGUACCUACAUUAAACAGAGGAUGAGGCUGAAGUGGGAGUAGGGACAAGGACACAGCCCUACUUUAUCCCCGUUGUCUAUCACAAAUGCGUCCAAUACUGACUCGUCUACGAAACCCGCCAGCAUUCCCAACCAGCUGCUUAAAUAUAUCCAGAAAUCCCAAUUUUAUCAUGGCUUUCUAGAGCAAACUUUAUUUUACAGCAUAGUGUAGAGGCUGGCCCUCGUGUGUUUCAAUUUAUCCUGAAACUGGCGCGCAGCGAAGUUCAUGCAGGGAUGCUUUCCGAAUCCACACUGUACCGUUGAUGAAAGUCCACGUUCCAGGUGAGGGAUCAGCCGACGGCUAGAUCGCAAUUGGCAGCCAGGCUCCGUAUUACAGGUGGUGGGGGGUUGUUUACAGGAGCUUUUUGUGGAGUUACAUAAUCACAUCUGACCAAUUUGGCUUCCGUUUUACUUUUGAGGUUAUGAUUAGGGUACCGGUUAAUGGUUUCCGAUUUUCGGGUUAGGGUUAUGCCCUUUAGGCUUAGGUUUUCGGACUACGGUUAGGGUUUGAGUUUACGAUUAGGUUUCAGUAUUAAAGUUAGCUUUUACAGCUAGGGCUAUGUCUAAGGGCUACGGUUACUUUUACGAUUUCGGUUAAGAUUAGGGUUAAGGUUGCCGUUAGGGUUAACGGUUGACGUUUAAGGUUAAGGUUAUGAUUAGGUUUAGGGUUAAGGUCGCCGUCCAUUUCCCCAUUCCUGGCUACCAACUGCGAUCUAACCCAGCCGACUAAAGAAAACGCGACAAAGAUUGUGUCCAAGACGCCCCAGUGAUCACUGCACACUCGCAGGUUUUUAUUUGCCCCGUAUUGGUGCCUAACGAUUGCGUUCGUGAAAUGCUGCGAAAUUUAUUCCUGGUUCUACACCUGCUGCAGUGUCGAAAACUUAGACAUUUGAGCACAUUUAAAUAGCUGUUAUCGGUGUGAAAGGUAUCGUCACUUUCCGCAGGUUCAUUUUCGACAACCAGUCUAAUGAGCCCUUUAAACACAGUUUUAUUGGCGUUUCUAUGUCUAAAAUAUCCUUGGAUUGGGGUUUUCCAAGGAGCAUGUCUUUAACGAAUCCUCCAACAUAUGCAUUUUCUGCGAAAUUUGAAACAGCUGACUUCAUCAUCCAGAGUCUUUCCAUGACACCAGCUUUAAUACAAGCAAGCGCUACGUAAUUCCUGUUUUGUGGAUGCGGACAAAGUUCACGUGUAGAGAAAUCACUUUAUUCAGUUAUGUCCACGAUGCAAAGGUCUUUAAAAUGCUCCAUUCUACCACCUUUGGAUGCGUACGUUCAAGAAAGAUAGGCCGUCAUUCUUCGUAUGUAACUUGUGGCCAACACUGUCAGUCUAACGAAAUCCGCCUACAUAUGUUAUAAAGAGGCGUUCGUUGCAAUCUUUACGGCCUCCUUUGUUUAGAUUGUGGCCUGACAGCACAGGCUGACAUCGGACCUUAUAAAUUUUCCAGGGCUACGCCGUCCACAUUUCGGCCCGCCUGUCCAGUAACAGAAAUUGAACUUCUUUUUAUGCAUAAUAACAGUAGUACAAAAAUUAUCCCAAUACCGUGCUGAGUCUCUGAAACAUCCUCGUACGUUCGUUCGUUAGAAUCACUUAAAUAUAUAUCCGUUAUUUGCCCCGUGCGUCCUAAGAGAUAAUAUUGUGGCUUCUUCGAUCUCGGACGCAAAUAUUAUCCGUGGAUACCAGGUCAGAUACAGCCGUUUUGUUUCACAUGCUUCCAUGAUAGCCUUCAUUGCAGUGUAUUUCUCUUAUUGACAAAAUGGCAUUUUGACACAGCCGCCGUACGGUACUGCAUACAAUAACGAAAUGCAGAAAAGUGUUUCCAUUCAUGUCUUCGCUGCCAUUCAAAUUUAACUUUUCUCCGCUCCCCCCCCCCUCACAGACCAAAGGAAACCCUAGCCACGGCUUCGUUCUGCCCACCGGUUUUGUGCCCGGUCAGGCCUUUGGACUGACGGACUGUCGAAAGCUCCGCCUGACCGACGUUUCAGGUGCCCGAUUGGUGCGUCUCGUGCGACUGCGCAAUCUCUGGCCCUCGGCGCGCGUUGGUUGGGUGGGCAGUUGGUCAGAAGGCUCUUCUGAGUGGCUCAGCCUGCCUCCCGAGGACCGCGUCAAGGUCGGCCUGGUGAAGGGUGAGGGUGAAUUCUGGUGAGUGUUACCUCGACUUGGUCUAGUCACCCCGCCUAUACCUCAUGACUUGUCGUGCAUAUGCAAAGUACGAGCCGGCAGAUUUAGAUCUAGAGACAUUUCAGAAGAGAAGACCUUCAGCGGGGCGUGCAGCAAUUCUACGACGUUUCCAAAAGCAGUGUCAGUUUCCCGUGUUUGGACGCUGAUUCACCUUAUGCACUGUGCGAUUCGGAAAUUGAGCUAUUCGCGCGCAUCGUCCGCGGUGGAGCUGCGCAGAUGGGCCUUGAUUUCAACUUCGACAGACCUAAGCUGGAUGAUCACAUAGGAAGGCAAGGACAAAAGCCACGAAUGCCAUCUGCCCGCUUGGCCGGAGGUCAUAGCGCGGCACAUGUAGUUCUGCGCUACUACCCGACAAGAAGCAGUCGAAAUUGCUCCGUCUGACCCACCAAAGUGAGGCACUAAGAUCAGGGAACGAUCCUGCACGAUCUAUCACGUAUCUGUACUCCCCUUGUUGCCAGCACCCGCCUCAACACCGUAUGCACCGUCAUCGACCCUCGGGCGCGAAUCACCGUCCAAUGCUGAGUUACAAGGCCACGGCGCUCGGUACAGGGAGGGAUGCCGCGGUGUUCACAAACUCAUUUGAAAGCGGCGGUGGCACAAUCCUAUUUCGUAGCCGCACCUGUUAGGGAUUAGGGGUUAGGGUUAGGGAUUAUGCUGAUGCUUGCCUACUGCAGAAACGGCGACGAAAUAAGAUCGACAGCAGCAGUGGCUGGCCAAACCUUGGACCCGAUUAAACACGUGACGGACGAAGAGCAGGUGGUUCACCGGUCUCAGAGGAUAGCAAUCCGAUACUACUACUUAAAACGUCAGAAAUGUGGCUCGCCAACGUCUUUGAACGCCUCUCCUUUUGAGAUACUGUCCGGUGAUCAGAUUUCUUCACUACUGAAAGAGCAUUCCAUCAGUUUUGGAGCAACAUGACGAUAGUACCCCGUAAAUGAAGACUAAAAUCGUCUUCCUUAUAAGUUAAAGCUAACAGCCUUUUCUAUCUUGUACUUUUUCCGAUACGGUAAGAUUAUUAAUGAUGAAACCUCUUGUCGGAAGCUUUGAUAUGCGAUUUGAUAUUUCUCAAAAAUUACUUGUGCAGGAAAGAUGCUUGCUUGCUCCGUUAAAAGGCAGCCAAAUUGUGUGAACUUUCUCUCAUUCCUUCUCGCUCACUCACUCUCUCUUACACGCACUGUCACUCACUCACUCCAAGGACUCUUAUUGACAAUAAAUGGCGAACGCUUCCUCCAACGAAAUCAUUAUCUUUCUAGCCCGUCUUUGUCAGGCCGUCUUUGAAAAGUCCCUUCCAGAAAGAGCAAAUACGCUAAUUUCCUCUGAUUACACUACUAAGAACAAAAAUACCUUUAGGUGAUAGCUUUUCCUCAUAAAUUUCCCGAACGUAGACUGUAACCUAAAAAUACUCGACAAGGCUUAAGUGCUGAUUAUAUGGGCAAAACUCCAUUUAAAAAGCUAUUGCUGCCUUUAUAUUGUUCCUGGUCAAUUUUCUCAUGAAUUAAUUUCUCCUCUCGGCAUACAAAAGCGAAAUUGAGAAUUGUCGAGGGUGUCAAGUACGCAGGAAUGUCAGCAAAUAUAUAGGCGACACUAAUGACCACUUUCGGCGUAUUUUUGCCAUCGUCUGUCCAUACCCCGAUCUCAGGCAGGGAAAAACUAGCAUGAGAACCCCAGGAUGCUGGUUAUCUAGUUUAAAGCUCCACUAGUUUAACCGCGAACUCAGACUCUUUCGACUACUACUGGAGGUAUCCGAAGUCGCGUUUGAGUUGCACUGGUCUUCCUGAUUGUGCGACGAAACGCAGGAGUUGCUUAUGGCUCCGGAGCCCCAGUAUUCAACCUUUUUAACUGCCAAUAUAUACCCACGGACAACAUCCAGGUGGUAAUUGCGACGUGUACCCUACAUUCUGACGUUCGUCUACCAGUGAACUCAAGUUUAAAUUUGAAACGCCAGAGGAAUAAAAUGCUUGUUCCAACGACGAAGUGUGUAUUCUUUGUCCCUUUAUCCGGUUGGGUGCUCCGGAGGCCCACACAGGUAAGUAUGGUUAAACGAUUUCACGCUUAUAGUGAUGGUAAUGUCAGGACAGAUCCACCGACAUUUUCUGUGAAUUGCGAAAAUCAUGCGAGCAGUAUCGAUUGGGGAAUGAAGGUCGCCCUUUCUCCGUCGAUUCGGCAGCACCCGCACCCCAAGGUACUUAAAGCUGUCUACUUCCUCACGCUGAAGACCAUUUAAUUCCGAGAAUGCUUCGCCUGGUGGGAGGAAGCAGCUCGAAAACGGUGUUUGUAGAUAUGCCGACCGAUUGAGCGACAUCACUCAUCGGCGACACCACGGUUUGUAUGCCGCCGAAGUGUGGGGUUAUCAGGGGAUAGCGUCAAUGUCAUCAAGAAUAUUUGGCUGGCGCCUAAGCGAAAAUCAAACGUCGUCACAACCGUGUUUGAGGACUCUUUGGAAAUCCUAUCGAUGGUGCAGUUGAACAGAAUGCGCGAUAGGACACAACCUUGUUGAACUUCGGACUGAAUAUCGAACGGUUUAGAAAGACCACUGUGGUUUAGAACUCAUGAAGUGGUAGGCUGAUAGUAGGCCCUGGUCAUGACGAUUAUGUUCUUCGGCAUACCAUCUAGUCCCACUAUUCGCCACAGGGACUCACAAUCGAAAGCUGCGAUGAAUUCAACAAUUCAGGCGGCCGUCGGUUCCUGAUAGCUAUGAUGGUGUGAUAGAAUGCGUCGCACUGUGGAUAUCUGGUCGGCGCACACACGUCCGCCUCAAAAUCUGGUUUCACUGGGCCUAGUCCCAAAGUUACUCGGGCUCUGAAUUUGCCCACGAAUGACGAAAACGAUGAUUUUUGCAGAAAUGUCAAAAAAGUUCAUGCCGCAAUAUUUUUCGCACCUCAUUUUAUCUCCCUUCACGAAGACAGUAGCAAGGAUCCCCCAAGCCCUGGUCAUUUGGAAUGGCCUCACCUAUCCACGCUUGUUCAUCCAUGUACUGGAGCCGUGACGCCAGAAUGUCGGCACAGGACUGGUAGAUUUCAGUAGGAAUGGCGUCCUCUCCGGAAGUCACUUCGCCGCGCUGCCUCAGUAUUGCAUCUGUGGUUUCUUCCUGAAAAUGUGAGCCACAUGGCACUGGAGAGAGACGACGGUCUGCUGCAGAAGGGAGUGAAGGCCAGCUCUAUUGCUCACUGAAGUUGAGAAGGUGCUGGAGCUGCUCACGUCCGCGUGCGACUUUGGCCGGGCUGUCAGCAACAAAACCGCUAUCAACAUGGCGAACAGAAUCCCUCAGUGCAGAGGGCCUAAUAUCAACUCGACGAAAAUUUGUUUGAGUUUUUGGGUAUCAGCAAUAAAGGCGCCCAGGUGGCUAGAGCGUUGGCCGUGCACGAGCCUUCCCCCUGCCAUUGUGGGUUCGAAUCCCAUCAAGGUCGCCAAGAUUGUCACAGUUGGAUCAAAAUGAAAGGCCGCUACUCACAUGGCGAACAGAAUCCCCCCAGUGCUGAGGGCCUUCCACUAACUUGACGACUAAGUUAUUUGGGUUUCCGAGUAUCACCAUCGUUUGAGGCCUUUUCCAUGGAGGUCGACUUUUCAGCCAAAAUACAAGAAGAACAAUGAGAGGACUGUUUAAAGCGUCUCCUGACGUAGUCCUGUCAUUCUACUCCCGAGAAGUAAUAAGCGAAUCACAACGAAGGAGUCUGUCAGUUACCUCUGUCAGUCGCUAGUGGAAGGUUGCAUUAUCGCGCUGGUCGACACUUGAUGUUGAUACGUACGCGGAGAUGACAGAUUUUUGUAGAGUGACCCCUCUAUUGUGCGUAAGCCAACCGGCCAUUAUCUGAUUCCCAUGCAAGUAGUGUAUGGCUCGCUUAUUACGCGAGGGCGAUCUCCACACCGUUUCGCCUGGGCCGCUGCGGUAUAGUGUGAGAUGUGAAUUGACUCCAGAAUCUUGAUUUUCCCAUAACCUGAGUCAGACAUUCGUAUUUCGGACAGGUAGCGGACAUCCGGUUUCCGCCAAUAAAGUCUACACACCGUCAGACCUUUGACAUUAACGUCCAGAAACGCUCGCACACUACAACAUUCAGAUCCGAGGGUUCGUCCUUGCUUUACUAGUUCGGCCCAUAUGUGAUUCACCCGUACCAGUGGACCAUGGUUCCGGAACGCGUCUGGUCCUCCAGACGCCGCGUCACGGAUUUUAACACUUCAGUGAAACAUUUUUAUGAGGUUGCUCGGGACUUUGAGCACAAUAGGUCUCACACAAGCCGCACGAAUUGCUUGUCCGAUGUUAUCUUUCAGUUCUUGCAGUGAUGACAAGCGAACUUAUCUAGCGAAGGUUCACAUUCAUCUUCUCGUUGUGUCAUUAUCAAGUUUUUCGCUACGUCAUGAGGCAGUCUACGUGCCAGACCUCAGCCUUCUCCACCCCGGUAGCACCGUCGCUGACGGUCCACGACUGUUUAUCCGUCAGACGCGGAAGCCAACUUAUUUUGCAGCUAACCUUCGCGGGGAGGGGGAGGGCUGUUCCACUGUCCGCUGGAGGCAACGUAAACGGUGAAUACGUAUGCCUAGAUUUCUGAAAAAGCAUGAAAUCCCUUUUCAGUCUGCAGGAAGUAAAGGGCUGUUCAUUUUACUACCGAGCAAACGCCCCGCAGAUAAGCCCCGGACACACGCCCAUCUGGCUGUGAUUUAUGGAAGUGGCAUCAACCGACUUCCUUUCACACUGUCCCAUUUGUCUGCGUCAGCAGGAAACAAUGUCUGUAUGUGUUUAUAAAGUGUGUCUUCUAAGCCAGUAAGGGCAGUUUUCUAUCCGCAGCCGUCUUAUUGAGGCGGCUACCAGGUGGACGAAUUACUGCCACCCCACAAACGCACGAUUUCAGAGUUUAGGGACUAGACUGUAGAUAAAACCGCGUUAAUUAAACCGCGUACUCUGUUUCCAACUUCCGGAGGGACUGUGUUGUAAUUGCGUCAUUGUUCUGUCCUCGCUUCUUCAGCACAGGUACACAGCAUAUGCGGGUGGAAAGCAAAACCGCAGUGCGUCCCAACCGCGUUCAAGCAGUUUUCCGGAGAGGGAACACGGAUGAAAGUGCAUGAUAUCAAAAAAUAAGAGGGCGCCAUGCCGAGGGUUUGAAAUGGUGAAAUCACGAAAUUGCUCUAGACAAGGCCAGCUGCCUCAGAAACAUUUUCAUAGUGCCGCAACCACAACCCUCCAGUAAAAUACCCGUCUCCGGUAGUAUCUUCCUGCAAUUGCUGAGGACCGUUACAGGAGGGGUAAUGACGACCGAGUCUGUCCUAUUUUCAAUCAUCCAUCGGCCAUACCCAAGCCCAGUUAUCCAGGUUCACGAAAUUGAACAGGGCCCAGUUAAUCGUUGAGCCAACAUUUUAUUACCCGAACUAUUGACUGUCGCCUGGGUGUCUGCAGUUCCGCAUAGAGUGUUCAACAAUCUAUCCUAAUUGCAGGAUGAAAUUUGGCUUCCUAUUCCUGCCUUGGAAUCUUGGUCUGCAGCCACGGCAGUCGGUAGCAUUGCUACUAAGAUCCCUAAUUGAGAAGUGUUUACUGGCAAAGAUCACGGGAAUGGCUACUACUGGCUUGUUUGCCGUCAUCCGCCUGCGAUACCGCAGUCAUGGUCUGCAUAGUCGAAGCAUUCCUCCCUCAUAUUAGUUGAUUAAGGAAUAACGCCUUCUCACCAAUGCAAUAAGGGGAUCGCGUCGAAUCGACUGAGAUCGCGAGUAUUCAGUCAGAAGAGUUUGGCAUUCACCGAGCUAUCCUGACUGGAGGACGGUUAUGAGCAUUUCCUCUUUUGUUUGGACUUUUAGUCUACAACCCUCACAGGCGGUCGUAAGUCCCGAUGGAAAACACAUCCCGUACUCUAUUUAAAACUGUUCCAUACAAGGAAACAGUAAAGGUUAAGUAUUUUUGACAGUACCCAACCGGUUUUGCACCUAUGAUUUUAGGCCCAGAAUCAUUUACGGACUUGGCGCACAGUGUUAUUGAGUUUUGAACUAAUAUGCGACGAUUAACUCUUGUUUCUUUCGUUUGUAUUUUCUUAUUUUCAAUAGACGUAGAUUUUCGACCCACCAUCCAUCGGUCGCUCUAGUUAUGUUAUCUCUGCCAGCUCUAUUUCAUUGUCAAAGAAUUCUCUGCUCUGUUUCCGCCCUCAUUAUGGAAGAAAUUAUUGUAAUUUGAUCUCCUAAGGGAGAAAGUAGACAAUUUCAUUCGACCACAGGCGGUUCUGUUUCCCCCGGAUGUUGUUUAUAUUCACUCAGAAGAUUGGAUACGUCAGAAUGGUGCUCGCACUUGACGGUAGCGAAGUCCUCCUUCCGUCCAAAAACUCUCAUAGAUCCUAGCUCAUUGCAGGAGAUUUGAGUGGGGUGGCUUUGCGGGGAGAAAAUUUUCUGCCACCCGUGGACUUGAGAGCGAGCGUCUCUUUUCCCUCUCCUGUACACCGGUUACAGGAUUCUGUGAAGUGAUAGGUCGGGCCUUGUUAGAUGACAACAACCCUUGCCAUGCCGUAACAGCGCAGUGGUUUGUUAUGCUUUUAGGAGACUAAUUAGCCGACUAGGUGUCCAACCCCGUCUGCUGGUAGUAUCGCUGACUGAUUAAUGACCGAUUGUUCGUUAAAUCCGAGAGCAUGCCUAUUUUGCGGUUAGCUUCGCUGAGAGUCGUUUCACUAUCUUCCACCUUUGGACGCACCAGAUGACUCAGGGUUAGGAUGACAGACAGCCUCCGUGUUCCCGAGAUUCCUGCCUUUCCGAGGUAUGGAGAGUAAAAACUAUUGCGCUCAAAUGUCUGAAAAGGCACGCAUAAGUCAAUAUUUGGACUUUCUGCCGGUCACGUAGAAGACACGCGUAAUCAUCUCAAACUGAUUGGCUGGUUUGUAUUCCUAGGGAACUCUGCACUUUCCUCUGGCCGUCUCCUCACUACGACUGCACUUUUCAUUUUAUUCGUCCUAAAAACAGAUGUCACCGUGCCUGUCAGCAUUUAAACUCUGCUCCAUUCAGGCAUGUUCUGACAACAGAAAAUUCGCGUUUUUCCCCAUUUGUUAAAAGUUUCCGCAGUAGCGUUCCAUGCAACUUAAGGCUGCCAAAGCCGUCGCGUAGCCAGAUUCGGCUGAAUUGAGGCUGUUGCGGAGACCGUGCAGACAGUGGCGGGGGAUGGGUGACGGUGACAAUAGGGACACACACACAGCCGCUGGUCUGCAAAUUUAAGUUUUCCAUCCACUUUGUAGGGCAGAGUGACUGCUCCUUCAGCCUCCUCCUUCUCCGCUUCCUCCUGUAAUCCUUCACGCAACUGUUGGCGUAAACUGCUGAUAGUGUCUUCGUGCGCAAACAUAUUUAUAUUGCCUGAGACCUGUAUGCGUUAGCUGUCGAGCAGAGGCGUUGCAGUUGCGGCAUGCGUGCGCGCGCAUUGCUGCUGCUGCUGCUCACGAUGAGGAUGAUAAUGAUGGCAGCGGCGGCGGCGACGACGACGAUGAUGACGACGAUGGUACUGAUACCGAUGAUUGUACUGUCCAUUGCCUGUCCGCGUUCAUUGGCCGAUCUAGCCGGUUGCAUGCGACUGCCGAUGGAGUGAACGUACGCACGCCCCAGAGCCAGCGUAGGAAGUCGCCAGGACGACGGUCAUAACCGCUGCUGUUGCGAUCCUCGACAUCCGCAGUAGCCCCUGUGGGUGCCCUCCUACCCAUUUCAACGGUGCAUAGCCUGCCUUUGCAGACGUCGAAAUAAAGCGCUUUGAUUUAUGCCAUCCAUCUCCUUUCGCAGUACCUGCUGUCUGAAUGAUUCACGCCGAUAUUUCAGCGCAUAAAUGAUACCGGCUUUGACCUGGGUCAAUUACAAAUGCAUUCUUGACGCUAUUCUUCAUUCCGGGUAUAUGGAUCCUUUCGGUUCACUUUUUGCAAAUCUGCUACGGUUGCUUCGUCAGACGGCAGGUUACAGCACAAACAUUGUACGCGGGCCCUCGUGAAGGUUGAUAUUGAUUUUAUGAAUGACGAAGACCAAUCGAAGGCUAAUAACGGAUUGCGUCCCUUAAAAUCAAUUGUUUCUUCCCCAGUUAGUGGGAAGACGUGUUUUUUGAGGGAGCUGGCACCAAAAAAUGCAUCUGCAAAAGUAAUAGUGGUUGUCAAACCAGGUGGCGAAAUGCGAGCUACAGACGAUGGGAACACGUACUAGAUACUUUCAUGCGAUUACUUUGUAGCAAACUGCAUUAGUCCGUCAGAAGAUGCCUUGAACGUUUGUUUACCUGCUCUUGGUCUGCCGAUUUAGGAAGUAUUUUUUACGCUAGUACAUGCAACAAAAUCACGAACGGCUUCUCAUCGAAUGCAGUCCACAAUAUGCAUGUCAUCCUCUCACAAAUUUUGAACUGUCAGUGCGCAGAAUCUAUUUAAAUCUUGAAAAUUAAUGGGGGCCUUUAAACAGUUCUAGUGAUCUGUGGGGCACAUUUGAGGUGUAGCCUGUAAGAUAUUGAAGGACAAGUAGAAUGAAAUAGUCUCGUUCUUGAAGGAAAUUUUUGAUAGGCGCUUUGGUAACUGGGUUGAGAGUAGCGCCCUGCAGCCCCCAGUGGUUUGCAUGGCAUCGGUACUUGGUUGGCGGUCGAACUGUCAGAGGAGCAACCUCCCCUCCCUUACAAAUAUCACCUAGUUUCGCAAAUUCACUUCCUUUCGACCCUUUAAUGCAGACACAUCAAUAUACCGGACAAGUUGGAGGCUGUACUUUGCAUAAGCCGGGCUUUUCCGGUGGCACAAAAAAUCAAAUGGUCGUUCGCUGUGGGUUUUUUGUUGCCUUCGGUUUUCCUGUAGUCGUCCCUUUUGAAGCAGUCUAUUCGACCCUGAGCUUCAAGUCCUACGCUCAGAUGUGAUUUCAACUUGCUCAUUAUGGCAUAGUAUGUAUCGUUUCCCAUUAUCAUCACUAUGACCCCAUAGACCCCCUUUGAAAAAUUCGGCGGUUUAUUUUAACGUUCGCUUCUUUCUCCCACCGUCUUAUCCUGGUGUUCCGUUGAGUAGUUUGUCAUCAGUUUGUAUAAAAGCGUUCCUGCAUGAAAUCUAUUUGAACUUCGGUUCGAACUAAGUGAAGGCUAGAUCAAAGUUCGCUGACGCACAGCCUGCUCAUCCAUUACGACAGUUAAUCGGAACAUUUUUAUUGCUGGGACCUGUUCUGCUGACACAACCCUCCCGAGAUCAAUGGAGACAUGCAAGUUCUAUUAGCAGUACUUGUUUGACCUAACCACAGGCGCCGCCCGAGUUCCCGGUCAUUAGAGAAACUGUGUUUAAUCCCCUAUUGGGAAUUUUUACUAGUAAUCAUCGACGGGGCACCAGAUUAGGCUGUGAGAAUGCAGUCGUCUUCCUUGUCUUUAUUCAUUGAUAACCGGAAGUUAUUAAAAGCUUUAAUGAUGUUGGGACAAUAGGUUUAGGCGUUUGAAUUUCUGUCGUGCGCCCAAAUGUUCUAUCACACCUCACGAUUCUACGAGGUCGACUCCCUUGCUGAUAUUGUAUUAACUCGAUCCGAGUUUAAGUCCUCCGGAUCCCUCAUGUUCAGAUUUUAUCUGCAAUGAGCGCUCGCACCCAUAUGUAGUCAGGACCUUAAUUCUGGGAUUUCGGUAUAUUUAUUUUCCUUCAUCUCGUUUUUAACACGUUCCUCGGCAUCCUCGUCUUCCUUGAUCUCCAGGUUCUCUGAUCUUGAAGUGCGUUGUAAAUUUGGGCAUAUGAAGCAGAGAGACGUGCCCUUUCAAAACGGCCGAAAUUGUAUUUGAGAUAACUCGGUUGGCAAUCCACGGGGGUGCCUAGGUACUCAUAUUCAGACCAUUAGUGAUCUGGGUUUAAGUUUAGACGUCGUGUCUGAGAGCAAUGGAGGGUCUCCAAAUCCGCGCAUACGUUACCCCAACUGUUAGGCAAGUGCUGCGGGGUUUAAGGGCAAGCGGUUCGGACCCUGGUAAUAUGGGUUAGGCUACUUCGUUUUCUCGGAGUGGCAACAGCGAGCAGCCGAUGCAAGCAAGAAAUCAAGAGAAGACCAGGUGCUACAGGUUUACGAACGAGCAAGGUACGAAACUACUCCAGCAUAGGAUGACUGAACGAGCCUGCGAACGGGGAGCGAUAGACGGUGGUGUGCCAAAGAACACGUUCCACAUUCUAUCUGGUGUAAUGUCAUCCGAAGACGUUAGACUGAUAGCAACCGGUUGUCAGGACAUCUGACGGAGGAACAGGUGCAAGUGUUGCGACAUCAAGUCUCAUUCCAGACAGUCGAUGUCAAAGUUGUCUGCUGGAUCUCUGAGGGUAGCGACGGACGGGAAGGAGAACCUUAUUUGACAUCGAGCAUCGUCGCUCCUCGUGACUUACGAGGUACUUGACGCAUUACCCAAGAUCUAAUGCGAUCCAUUAAGGAAACUCAGUACCGACAAAGACAUCGUUAUGGUGUAUGCUGACAAGGGAUGCUCCACCGUCCUAUUUGUCAGGACAAAUUACCUCCAGCAGGACAAAAGCUUACUGAAGGAUAGUCACUUUCAUGGUCCAUGUGAAACUGACCCCCCUAAAAAUGCUGGCAUAUGAAAUUAUUGCGGGGUAAUACUGGCAGCUACAGUGUCAACCAUAGAAUGUCGCAUGGCUAAAGCCGAAAAACGGCCUCGGACCGUUUCUAUGGCUUCCAAGUUUUCACAAAGUGUGCAUCCUCCUCCGGUCCAUGGCCUCUCUUAAGGACGCUCCUACCUACGGUCCGGCAAAAUGACCCUCUGGACCUUUAACUUUUCUGCCGGUUUAUUCAGGCAAAAAUGUUAGUUCUCCAAUUCUUCGAGAAACUGAAACGGCUAAUUAUCCUACUAAACGAGGCUGUGGCAUCUUUUGAUGUCGCGCCGUUAACCGCUAUUCCCUAUAAUCUGGCACUUGAGACCACCGAAUUGCCUCUGCACAGCAAACACUAUAAAACGAGGACCUACCUCGGGCACGCCCAAGUCGUCAAAGUUCUGAGGUUCUGUCGCAGUAUGUACUUCACUUCUGUAGGAUUAUUUUAUGGGCAGGUGAAGGACACACCAAUGGGCUCACCAAUAUUUUUACCUAUGGCCGCGGCUCUCUUGUAACGUUCGGAGUUGCUAGUCAUCCGGUACCACAGAUCGACGUUCUGGACUCGGUAUGUGUAUUGUAUCUUCGUCGUCAUCAAAUACGAUCGGGUGUUGGCAUUCAAAGAUCAUGGAAUUGUCAUCAUUCCGGACGAACAAUGUACUUUGAAGAGGAAGAAACGAUUCUACCGGACUUCCUUGCUUUUCCCAUCCAUCGAAAAUAGUAUAAUGUCCUUACAAGCAGGACUGCCAGUGUACAGUACGCCCCAUCGCUUCUAAGAGCGACUAGUUGCCGGCGCAACUUCGUCAACCGAUGCCUACGCAAAAGAUACUGGAAACAAAGCCGCAUUGGACCCGAACCCCUGACCUUAACCCCUAACGUCCAACCCCUAGCCCUAAUCCCUAACAGGUACGGCUACUAAAUAGGAUCUUGCCCCCACGUUUUGGCCAGCGCUCCCAUAAGCAAAGCACGCUUGGGAAGCUGCCAGUCGCCAUCUCACUUCAUUUGGAGUUUGGGUUGCACAUGGGCCGGAGGCCACCGUCAAGCGCUCUAUGAUUAGGCAAAAAGUCCUGCCGAGAGGCCAGGAAGUCGUGAAGGAGACACAAUCGUUGGAACAAGAGCUUUAUUCGCCUGACGUUUCGGAUCCCUGCUCGAACCCAUCAUCAGAGACAAAAGCAGAUACGGGUGGUUCAUGCACAGGGGGCUGCGGUAUUCACAGGAUGAAGUUGCCAUGCUACCGCGGCUCCCCCCUUCAUUAGAGAUCGUUACACUUGGUAUGAUGACUGUUUGAUUGCCGAUAUUCGCACCGCUAAUUGCUGCAAUUUUAUCACGUGUGUUGGACGUUGGUGUGAUGAUUGCUCGACCAUUUGACCCAGGAAGUGUUUAGAGUCAUUUGGCGGGUCUUGCGAGAUUUAAGAGAGGGAAACUUCGUCCGAGCUGCUAAUUUUGAUAUGUAUAAGGUGGCGCAGCUACUGCGUUCAACGCAUACUUCACACAUUGUUCAUCCAUUACCCUUAUAUUGAGUUCGCUCUGUUUCCUGGUUUGAAUGUGAAUUCAAAACUGCAAGCGAAUGAAAUUCUUGCUCCAGCCAUCGUGGCUUCCUCUUCUCAAAUGGGACCAGACUCUGCCUUCAACUGAGUUCAUUUUCUCGAACGAAAAGGAGGUUGGACGCCUACAGAGCUAGAAAUAUUUGAUAGUGCCCUCUGUGUCGAGGAAAACUGCCAGAAGACGCAUUGAUAAGGGCACGUGGAGGUUUUGAACCGGCUGCCAUUUUGCCCUGCCGCUUCAUCCUUCCUCCCAACGGCAAGCGACCUCAAUAAAACGACGUUACUUGUGACACUCGAUUACCUCGCAACUGCAUUCGUGUGUUGCGAUUCUUAUUGUGAAAACCCACGGUCUAACUCUGCUGCCCUCCGCGUCGAAUACAUUUGAGCACUUAUUCUCCCGUAGGCGCACAUGCCCUUUCAUCUUAUUGAGGUUUAUUGACGAUUCACAUUUAACUGUUACGAACAAAUUCUAGGUUAUACAUUGGGUGGCCCUUUUGACAUUUCGGUUAAUGUGGAAGAGACUGUUUUGUCCAGUUAAGACACUGGGUGUGAACUGAAACUUCUGGCAUUUAUUGCAGGUUCGACUGGUCUUGGCGAAAUUCCUCAUUGUACCAGUUCAUGGCGUCCUGUGACCACUUAGUUACCCUGAUUGCUUCUUCUGGUUGACCACUACAACGUGAUUGAUCCAGAAACACCUGAAUAGAUUUCUCGACAUGCCACUGUGUCAUCUUUGAUUUUUUCACAGUCUACGAACGCUGGCAGAAUAGCUGUCGGUCGAAAAUCCUGAGGAAAUCGCAACUACCACACGGUCAAGGUCUUCCAAAAACAACUCCGGCGGAAGUAGUUAAACUUCGUCAUUUGGCGUUAGUGGUCAGUUCACUUUCCAGCGCCGAAUAUCAGAGUGCUUCAUGCGACGAUCAUGUACAUCUCCAGCUUGCUGCCGAAAUGGCUGUUGGGGCGACCCUAUGAUAAAGUAUCUCACUCCAACUCUUUCAAAAUUCGUGCUUUUUCGAGGCCACCCUUCUCAGCAAAGCAAAUUGCCUCAUGGUAGUGGUGAGCACUGGCAGGGACUACCAUCUCCAUGCCCGAUGAGUGUCUUCUCCGUGCUUAUGGUCAUUUCAGAUUUUGCCUAUCCGGAACUUAUCGACCCUGAGAGUUAUAUCCAUGAAUAUAAUCACUUUUUUUCCGGAGCUGAAAUAAGGGGCGCAGAAAGAAUGCUAAGAAAGAAUGCUAAAGAAAGAAUGGUUGUAGCGUUUAAAAUUUUAUGAAUAAGUUUUGGCUGCAAUUUUCGUGCGACCUAAAGUAAAGGUUGGAUUUUUGAAAAGACAAGACCUUAUUCAGACAGCUCCUUCAGAAUCUACUCCGUUGACCGGAAAGAAUUGACGAAAAAAACAUUUUUUUCUGUGUUACUCUCUGUUUGCUCAUCUGCACGGUAAAGUGGGACCUGAAAGGCAUCCGCGCAACGUUUCUGUAUCAAUGCCUGGAGCAGGGUUUUACUGAAACGACCUGUAAAAGGACAGAAAACUCUCAUGGUUAAAAGGCGUCACCUCCCCCUCAACAUGGAAUCUAGCAACCCACCUCCCAACUUCGUUCCACUUGUUCCUCUGAUAGAGCAGUGCCAAUGAUUACGCCCGGUAACAUGGCAACUACGUACAAUAAAUACUACACGCUUUAUAUCCGCGUCGCCCUUACUCGCGUCUGUCUCUGUUGAUGAGUUCAAAUAAGCAUCCGAAAAUUCAGGCCAACAAACGUCUUGUUCUAGCCAUCGUGUCUUGCUAUGUCGGUGUCCACAGCCGGCGAGUGUGUCCUCCAUAAUACCCGGUGGGAAAAGUGGGGGUCAGCAAUUCGACCUGCGUUAAUUUUUUCGCAAUCUAACGUUACCCCCCUGUCGGUGUAUUCUAUCCGACUGGUGAAUUGUUAUCAUUGAGUUAACGUCCCAAAGUACCCGCACGUAGACGAUGGAGCGGAAUCAGGACAAACCACUUAGCUCUACAAACAAAGUUUGUUUAAGGAUCGCUGUCCUCGUUAUGACGUUGCUUUCUUGAAGUUGCAAAAGCUCCCGUUGGAUUAAUUUCGCUGCUUUGGAAGCGUCAGAUUUCCGGUAUCUCAUAUAUCCCUUCUGAGUCCCAUUCUGCCUUUGCUCGUACCGACUUUAAUGCAUUGUAUAAACCAGUGGCAUGGUUGUGUUUACUUUCCACAGGAUGUCAAUGGAGGACUUUCUGGCAAACUUCGAUUACCUGGAUAUCUGUCAUGUUGUGGAGAUGCCUAGCGGGUCUGGCAACGGGCCUGCUUUCACUAGCGGUAUCCUGACCAACAAUCACGGUCUUCAGGACUCGCUUCUCCCCACCUCGACUGCCGGUCAACAACACACUGUGGGCCGGGUAUUCGGGUGUUGGAUUCGUGGUGUUACCGCUGGUGGCAGACCCUUUGUUCGAGCCAGUCAUUGGGCCAAUCCCCAGUAUAUAAUGAACAUCCCCUCGCCUGACGUCGGCGAUCCCGAGGGUCUGGCUUCGGUGGUCGUGGCGCUCCUCCAAUCAGAUGCGCGCCCGCUGCGACACCGUGCUCCUCGCCUGCUCAGUAUUGGAUUUGUCCUCUAUCGGGUGGGCUUUUGUGUGCUAUUGGUCUGUUUUUAAGCGUUCUAGGCGACAGCUUACAGGUUUUGUCGUUUCCGAUGCAACUUCAUUAUUUCGCUAUUUCACACAAAAUAGGUUUAAUCCAACACCAUUAGUCACAUUCAUUUGCAUCACAACUUAGUAUUUUAACCCGUUGUGAGGUAGCCAUCCCAUCAUCACUUUGUCGUUUGGACUUUGGAAAGGCACAUUAUCUCUAAAAGGCACGCUCUUCGGCGAUUUCUAUAUAGCCUCAAAAAAGCUAAUCGAAAAUUUACAAGUAAUGAGUUUACUCUGCCAGAGGUUCUCGUCGACCUCCUCAGCGAGGCUACCGUAGGGUCUCUUUACUAUUCCUGGCAUUAAAAGUAAGAAGAUGCAUGCCAACCCUAGGAUUCGCCUUCUAGAUUCCGACGUAAGCUCUAGUUGGCUCGUAUUACAAGUGAAUAUAAAGCAUUUUCAUUCAAAGUCAGGUCCGAAUAGCACACAGAAUGGAAGCGAGGGGACGGAUGGGAAUUUGUACCGUUACGGUAGGCGUCGCUCCUGUGGGAAACCGAUCACCCCACUGACAGUAGAACUAACCCCCAUAAAAUAUAAAUCUCCAAAAUGACCACUGCUCUGACAGAAAGACCUUGCCUAGACUUUGCAAACGGAUGUAUUUAGAGUCACUAGGACAUCCUGGCUGCGGAUUUAUGUCGCCAGUUGACAUUUUAGUCAGCAUGUCUAAUUUUAAGUAUUAUAAACCCUACGCCAGUCGCUCUGCAGCAAGAGAGUAUCAACACUUGGAAUACGAACCGAUCAGAAAGGUAAGCUUCUACAAGGAGCGAUUUCCGGUCAUGGGUGACUGGGGAUGCAACAGCCGAUAACUUUCAAAUGACAAGACACUGGCAUAAUUCCAGCCAUCUUUUAAAACUUGUAGAUCUGAACUGUCUCUGAUGGAAUGACCAGUUUUUCUCGGCAAUUUUAAUUACUCAGCAUUCGCUAAGAAACCUGAGGUUCUAACUGAAAAAGAAAGGACCGAUAAAAGCAUUUCAUGAUUUGCCAGAAGGGAGAAUUUACACCUGCUAGAUCUAGCGCCUCGAGUACGCAAAGUAGUCCUCUUCUUACAGACAGUUUCAAGCCACAAUUGUUCGUUUUAACUUACUCCCACUUAAAGUUUGUAUCUGGAUAUCUUAAACGUGAGUCAGUCAAUGGAAACAAGCGCUUUCAGCGAAUAAUAAUGAGGCCAUUUUGACAAAAAUGAAUUUUGGAGGUUCUGAUAGGUGGACGAAGGAAGGUAAACAGUAUCGGUCCACUGGAUGGGGAUCUCUGCGAGAAAGGGAAUACUAAUUACUUAGGUGUCCCUGGGAGAAGGCAGGUGAGCUGGAUCAAGUCAAUGUUCAUAUUUCAUUAGGGGAGGAGGUCGUGGCGAAAUAUGCCAAUGGGAGCUCCUUAUCUGGGUGAAAUCAUUUAUCACUGAAACCAGGUGUUUACUCCCUUUUUCUCUAUAAGGCGCAGAAAAAAAUAAUUAAAUAUGAGGCAUACCAUGGCUUUUCCCUUUGGGGGAUGCAGAUUUUUUAAUACGAAGCCCUUCAAAUUAGAAUGGUUGAAUCGAGUUAUGUAUCUAAGGCAUCGAAAGUUGGGUAAAAAGCGCCAGAUUGCGUCUAAAUGAUCAAGCCUCCGAAUUACAUGCUAAUUAUUUCCCUAAUCGGCGUUAUCUAGCCACCCGUGUUUUGGCGCAGUUCAAGCUGACAUUUGCGAUAAUUACUUAUCCGAAAUAAAGUGGUCCUCGUAGCCAGAUGGACAUCUAGAUGGUCGUGCCUGCCUUCAAUCAGGCCCCAACCCAUGUCGUGUCCACCACCUCCAAAGGGGAUGUUGGCAGUCAGCCCUCCUUCGCUCUCAUUGUCUUUUCCCAAUGCAUCUCCGCUCUAUUUUUGAUGCCGCCUUGUCUGCGUAGAGGCCCAACCAUGCGGAACUAAAGUACUCUAGUUUGUUCAAAAGAGCCAGAUUUCACUACAUGGUCGGUGCAGAGACAGUGCACCAGAAAACGAAAUUUUUUACUUUACCGCAUGUCCAGCUUAAAGUCCUACAGGCGAUAAUGCAGCUUUCCUCGUAUGGUCUGCAGGGCUUCCCUUAUUGAAUGCUGUUUUUUAAGUUUUUGAUGGCCGGUGUGUAGUUUACCUUGCACGACCGCUUAUAUUGAGCAUCGUUAACACUUCUGUCUCCACUUUUACCUGACAUACAACGAGGUUCUGCUGUUUGUGCCUGAGAAUUUUUUCAAUUCAUCUAGCGCUUUAUAUUCGUCAAUUAUCAAAAGUAGUCCUCUCACUUUCACUUCUGAACCCUUCCGCUGCAGCAUAAUCUAAAAUUAAUCUUUUUCAGCAUUUUACAAAGUGGGUAAUUUUUUGCAAUCAACACAAUUCAAUGUAUUGCGCCUGCUCCUGUGUACACUUUUGUGCGUGUGGCAAGCGUCAGACGGAAAUUUUACGCAACACCAGACACCAGUUGACCUUGCUUAGGUAGUAUUCUGGCCCAUGCGCGAGGGAAGAGUCAAGUCGAGCCAGUUGGUAUCCAACACUUAGUUUCCCUGCUAGCGCGCUUUAAAACUACUGUGAUGUUUUAGCCAUCUUGGCCUGGAAGACUGCCAGCUAACUGGAUAACUCUCUCUCUCUCUCUCAGAGGAUCAGAAGACAAUGGUUCCUUCUUAGCCUAUCGUUUAUGCCGCUCCUCGUUUGUGUGUGAUCCAGUACCUCUCCCAUUGAAGGAGCGUUCAUGUGAGUGUAGAGAUCAGUACACGUGUGGUACGCACCUUUCUGGUGGCAGACGUACCAGCUAUCGCUUCCCGCCUGUCACCUGUCGCCUCGAUCCUCUCCUGUCACCGGAACGUGGGGAGAUUGAGAAGAGUGAGGUAGACGCUGCACAAAUCCCCCCUUGUUAUCAACAGAUUCCCACGCCGAUCGUCAGUGCACCCUCUCUGGGCCAAUGGUGGUCCUCGUCAGUCUCAACGAACAAACGUAACAUAUUCUCGUUCACUUUCGCUGGUUGGAGGAGUUGUGAUGACUGUUCAUUUUUUCGAUGAGCUGAUGAACAGAUCUGUGGGCGCUGACAAGGUAUAAAUUGAGGACCGUGAGGAGUAUCAGCGGGUAAUGGCGCGAGUUCCUUGUUUAUUGGCGAGACAAACCUCGCAGCCCCGGUAGUUGCCGGUUUUUGGCAGUUUUUAUUCCGGAAUGAGAGUUUACUCCCUUUCCCUCUCACUGAUUAGCAGAAAAACUCUACUUUACCAACUCUUCCCAAUUUAGCAGACCUGGGCGUUUCCGUUUUUAAAAGCGCAGACACUGAAUAUGUCCCUGACGAAUGCUUCCGGUGCGCUAUUAGAAAUGUCUUUCACUCUGCCAGUUGAAUGUGUUAAUGGCUGCAACGGAGAUGGUGCUUACAACUGUCUGUCAAAAUAUGAUCAGAGUGUCCUGAAUACGUCCAUAAAUGAAUAUUCAUUAAUCGGCCAUGUCUAGUAGCUUGAGGUUUAGUGCAAUAUAUAUCGAUACCGGGAGGAUACCGCUCUGUCUUUGUCGUUUGCAUUUUUAUGCUUGUUGUCUAGGAUCCAAAUCGAAAUGAAUUAUGAGAACGUGAAAGUGGCACACGAUCCAUCCAGUUUCACUAGUCUUUAAGGAAAGAAAAGGCCUCCGAUAACGAUCAUAAAGAAUUAGUUACGAUUCAUUCGAUUUAAAUCUUCUAGCCAUCAUUGCUGAAUGUGGACAAGGUUGAUGCCGAGAGAGGCGCUCAUGCCUCCCAAAUGAGAAUGGCCUAAACAGAUGUUUGUAGGCGAGGUUGUUUCGUUAUUACCUCAUAUCCAAACCGCAGUCUUAUCAAUAAAGACACAUCAAUCCUAUUAUGCUUAAAUAAUACAAAAUUUGGCAUCCCAGCAUCAUAACAUGCACAUUCUUUAGCAGUCAGCCAGCCUAACCAACACUGAUACAUCCCUAAGGAAAUUUCGCUUUUUUUCAGCCAGUAAAUUCUGGGGAAAAGUGCUAUGCUGAUUUCAUAGACUUUAAUCUUCGUUUUGCUUAUAGUUGAAGUUCCGUGUUUGCACACAGCAAACAUGCAUUUGAUGAUUUUCGAUGUUAUUACUGUCUUGAUGUGUUUCAUCGCGCAACUCCGGCCUACUUUUUAGGAUGUAAAGAAUUUAAUUACGCCAAAAAGUCCUCUUUGAACGUUUUUUUCAUUUUCAUUUUGUUUUUUUCUGCCGCAAGAAAAAUUUCAGUCAACAGUGUUCGCCCCAAUUAGAAAGUAUAAAUAAUUUUGUGAAUUCUAAGUAUCUUGUCGUGAAGACCCAGGGGUUCAGCUUGUAUUCACUCCAUUGUUCAGCUUCCGAUUGGAGCAACACCGCCAAUGACCAGGCGCUUCUUCGAAUCCACCAGCCAUAUCGCCAGCGUGGACUUCUUUUACGAUUCCCGCGAGGUUGUAAAACGCUUUAGGUUUUCUCCAGGCGCCUACCUGCUCGUGCCGUGUACCUACUCAGCCGAUCAACCUGGCAAUUUCCUCUUACGUAUUCUUUUUGAACAAGCGGAUCGUUCAUUGACGUAAGUUAAUCUUGUAGAGCAAAUCCAAGGCAGUCGAGCAGUCAGAGUUCACGGUGGUUUUCCACCCAAGAGCCUUAUGGGGCACUAGGUGAAAAAUGUUUAUAGCCAUCCCACCCCCACUCCUUGCAACCGGAUUGGUGUUAGGGUCUGGCUACAAGCGUUUUAUAACCUCAUUUCUCGCAUAGGCCUCCCCUAUCAAAUUCCUUCCUUUCCAUAUCUCACGGAUAGAGUAUUUAGUUUUCAUUCCGAAAUCAACGUAAACAACCUAGCGACCCUGAUUUCACGAAUGGUUUUCGUUUUCUGACUACAUUGGCCGGAAAUAUUCGUUAAAAUCAUCUUCCGAACUGAUUUUAUUAAGCCCGUUUUGUCAAUAAUGGGCUUUUAAAAGGCAUGCAAUGCUACUAUCGAUCACGCUCUACCUCCUGAGAAGUGAGUCUAUCUACGUAGGCUGACUACGGGCUAAAGUGCCAGCGUUUUUAUCUUAAUUUGGAGUUUUUUGUCAAGAGCCAUCGCGGAUGAUCACACAAGGAUGAAUAGUUAUUAUUCGAGAAGUAUAAGCGACAAAGACAGGGGAAACUGGAGUGACUACUUUUGGCUAGUUUUCACUUGGCAGCCAACCAAACCCCAACCCCUAUCCCGGGAAGACUGGAAUAAGUCAGAGGGCUUCUGCUAGUUUUGGUCAAGGAUCCUAAUAGUUAGAGAUUUCAUUCUCCAGUUUAGUUUGCUCGGACGAUGGAAUAUAUGCGUUUGGUUUUGCUUUGGAGCUCUCGUCUAGAACACUUUGGGGAAGGAUUCAUUGCGAGUAGACUGAGCAAUGCCGUCCGAUUUGUUCCUAUUGAGGUCAUCUAUUGACACUCUCACUGCCUCCUCCAUAGUCCUACUAUCCACCCGAUGAUAUUCAGGCCUAGCUGUAGUUGAUGCAGCCCAAACUUCAAAUUCUCCUUUCAGCCUUAUCUUCAUACUGUCAUCAUGGACGGGAAUAAAUAGGCACGCUAUUGACGAAUGCAUAUUCCGACCAAGAAUAAGAAGACAUCCAUUCUGGCCUAUUUAACGUGAAAGAGAACGACAAAGCAAGUAAACACUAGCCGGCUGAUUUAGUUGCCCUCUUAACCGCCUGAUUAAUGCUGUGCUCAAUGCUAAGCUUGUCCGUUCCUGGGUAGAUAGCAUCAAUUAAAGCAGUCUGUCCCCUAAAAUCGGACACUUUCUUUUGAUUAUAUUUUCAUGAGUUCCUCUUAGUUUCAUCUCGGAUCCGGCUGGCAUACGCAGUUGUAUGUUGAAUUGUGUGACCGUAUUUUAGGAUGUGAGAACCAAACUAGCUCACGUGUAAACCACGUGCGUCAACCCAACUGGGUGCUGACGGCCAAUAACUUGGAAGUGACUUUUCCAGAAUUCCCGUUUAUCGCUAACACCCCUUUAUUACUGAUUGUUAGUCACUCUGCAACUGUCAUUGUGGGCUACUGGGCCUCCGCUCCAAGGCUGGGCGGAAUCUUUUGUCUUCAGCCCUACAGGUAAACGCAACUUGUUGGUGAACGCUGUCCUCCCCUUGCGUCAGCCUCUAUUCAAUACCAGAGAAACCUAGACACGCAAGCCACAGAACGUUGGAGAUCGACAAACAACCACAGAUGCUUGUUUUUCACAUACAGCCAGCGGCCAAUCCCAUGAAAUGUUAGCCAAAGUCCUGAAAUGCGUAUUUAGUUAGGGGCUGUAAGAAUGCUCAUUUGGUGGCAUAAUCCCAAGGUGUUUUAGUUCCGUCAGACUGUCGGCUUUUGAAUGUGCUCCAUUUCCACCACCUGCAAUAACCGCAUUCGAUACAAAAUGACCACCAAAACAGUAUGACGUUUUCUAUUGACUUUCGAUUACCUUAUAAGGUCAAAUUUGUUUAAUGAGAGUGUAGUCAAAUGUAUACCUUCCUGUAUUCUUUUAGGUUCUAGCUGUAACCGAAUUUCUUUCAAAUAUUCACACGUAUAAAAAGUCCGGAGAGGUCAGGUUCGAUGACUCGUUACUGUACAAUGAGGCAUUUUAUGUUUUCGUCGUAGCAGUAGACCACCUUUAUCCAAGAUGUUAUUAUAAAAUGAGUAUGGAAGCAAAGGCAUGGGUAUCUACCCUGCGUUGUGUGUUGCCGUUGCUUUUCAUCGAGAAGUCUCAUAUCCAUUUGAUCUGCUCAAAAUUAAGCGUUAUUUAAAUUUUCUGGGUUGUUAUCACCUCUCUUGUAGUCCCGCACUUGGCCGAAUAGAUUUCAGCGAUGUCAGCCUUUCUCUGGCUGAACCGGACCCGCAGUACGAAACCAUGCUACCCCGUGUUCGCCGACUCUUCUACGAGGCAUCGGGUGAAUCUAUGGCCGUUGACGCUUUUCAGUUAGAACCCAUCAUGAAUUCCCUACUGAAGGAAGAUCACAGAUUCCCAUACUCCAUGGUGAGUGGCCACUUCUCUUCCUUAGCAAGGGACAAUUUGCUCUCCAAGUUCUAUCAUGAACGAAGUCUAUUUUUGGUCCACAAACAUCAAAAGAAGCUCAAUAGCUUUGAUGCCUAGUCUUAAUUACACGCUCGUCUUGCACAUUAGCUUGUGCCACCGUUGUUUCUACAGCUCAAGCUAUGCGAAUUCGAUAGAAAAUGCCUUCGAGAAUUAAAACUGACAUCUAAUUAUACCUUUGAGGCCUUACUCUGCCCAUUAAUUCCAACCCAGUUUGCCUUCUACGAACGGAUUGCGCUCUUAUUGUGCCUUCUGACUUACGUAGGCAUGGUUUUGUGUUGUUAUCUUGAGCCUCUGGGUCGCAUUCACUGCAUCCUUUAUUGAUUAUGGGGCUAAUGAGCCUGAUGAAAUCUGUUACAUUCAUUUUAACAUAUGCAAACUCACAUUUUAUGUGCUAUCUCAUGAAAUGUUAACCGAAAUUCUGAAACUCGUUUUCAAAUAGAAAGGAUUGCUUAGGUAGGGUUGUGAGAUUAAUCAUCGUGCAGCAAAAGCUCAGUAUAUUUCACUCGCGUAAAGACGCCGACUUUUGAAUGCUCUUUCUUCCAGCCACCGGCAAAAAGCACGCUACUACGAAUGACUGCUAAAAUAGCACGAAUUCUCCUUAUUGAUUUUCGAUGCUCCUAGAAAAUCAAAUAUUGUCCAUGGAGAAAACGCACAAAAUAACCUUCCUUGUAUUUAUGUGGUGGUGAAUUGCGUCUUCUUCGAAUUCUAUGCUUUAAGAAGGGGUAUCUUUCGGUUUUAGAAGAGUCUUUAAUAAUGAGAUUUUUCAAGGUCAUGAAGUUUUCAUUCAAAAGACAUUGUGUCUGUCCACCUCAACAUUUUCAGAGGACUAUGUGACAUCUCCUGAAUAGCGUAUAGGGAUUUAUGAUUUUUGUUACGCGACAAAUAUACGGCUCAUAGUUUGAAAACCCUCAAUGCAAAUGUAACGACAAGUGGAGUUCAAAGCUAUCCGGGAAUUGAAAAAAAUUUAAAACAGAAAGACAUCCUUUCUUUGAGUAUGAGGUUUAGAGAAGAUGUUAUUUGCCACUAUGUAAGUGAAUAAACGCAUGAUUCUGUUCACGUUUUCUAUAAAAUACAUUUGAAUUUAUAAGGACAUCGAAAAUUUGCGGGAAAAAAUUAAGACUGCUUAGGUGGUCAGUUUUUGCAGGGUGAAGGGCAAUAAAAAGGUGACAUCCUGGUGUGACCGAAGUAUCUUGGGAUUAGGCUGUACGAUAAUCAGUAUGACAACCCUCCUUAGGAAGCUUUUCUAACCGCAAACACAUCCUAGAAUUUCGGUUAAUAUUUCAUGAGAUAGCAUAUCUACUGUCAAUGUUCAAGACAGCUCGAAUUGUCUGCUCGACAUCGGAUCUUGUACAGAGUUAGUCUAUUCCCACAACGGAUAGCAAGUUAAUGAUUCCCGAUAUUCAUCUAAGUAUGUGUGGCUUAAAAUUCGUAUGAUAGGGAGUUUUAGUGCAGCAUCCACCUAAUCGUCUUCCUCCACUUGUUAACAGAUAUCUCCCUAUUAGGCUCAUAUGAGGGUAUCGACCGAUUAUAAGUGAUCAGAGUGACGCUGUUGGGGUAUCCGGGGCGAUAAUCUGACAGAAGGGGCUCAGUGGUGAGCCAAGUAGGAUCUGUGAAACGUCAACAGUUCAAUAAACCUGUUCUAAGCAAAUCUAUGCAUUAUUUCUUCUUCUUCUUCAGAUUUCUCAAAGUUUACAUAUUGGCGUUUCUGUAACCAAAGCUUCAUUUAGUUCUAUUUUGCUGUAUUCAUUUUUUUCUGAUAACUUGCAUACUUGGCAGUAUAAAAAACUAAACGACCCAAUGGAAGUCCUUUUCCAUGAGUUAACUCUUGCGUUUCGACAGAAUUGCAUGCUUUCAUUUAUGCUUUUCAAUAUUUUUAGAAAUUGCGGUAAAAAACUUCGCAUUCAAGGUUCUUGUGAAAAAAAUAUUUAUAACUAUAUUUAAAGAGAAUCACUUUUAUAAACGCUCUUCCUUUUUUAUUUACUGACUUGUAGUAUGCUGAAAAUUUUUCGUACCCUUUUACUACUCCCCCAAAAAGAAUGGUCAUGGUAAACGAGCUGCCUCGUACUGAGUUAAAAGCCAAACAAAACGCUCCGGGUUUUGGUUACGCCCAACCAGAGGACUGAAGUUUAACAUGACUCUAAUGAAUUAUCGUCAGUUUCUAUUAGAAACAGUCAGUGCUAAUCUUCGAAGUUUUGUUUUCUAGUGAAAUGGCACAUUCUCUGACACCCCGCCAUUAGCUUAGGGGAACCAGUCUUUAGGCUGUGCUUUCUUUUAGCCUCAUGGUUAAUUUUACCUAAUGCGCAGCAUCGUCCUCAUUUUCGGUUCGAUGAGAGUGUUUAUCAUGUCAAAUCUGCUAUCACCGUAUUGUGUGGCCUGCCUCCACCUAAUAAAUAUGAAGUCACUGAUGAACAUUAUUUUUAGCAAUUAGUAUGUCUAGGUAACUGGUGUCACCUGGAUUGCACUUUCACGCCUGAAAGUUCCCUAUCCACUUCCUUCAGCAAAACUAGUCCUCAGCCCCUCUUUGUUGUUUAAAGUGGUUGAGUCAUCGUUUGGCUUUCCUAAACAGCAACCAAUGAAACUUGUGGGCGUCAUUGACCGUCCCCCCAAAGUCACUGUCCGCAUCAAUGUGCAGGAAGUAAUGUCAGAUGACCUGUGGUGUCCAUCUAAGGGCGGACGUGUUUAUUUGAAAGCUGAUUUGUCUAGAUCAGCACUGAGCUCUUAUUUACACACUGUGAUUUAAAACUACAAUUUUGAUGAACUACCUAAGCGAUGACUAGCCAGACAGACGCACUUCAAAUGCAGCUUGAACAGUAGGUGAGCUAACUCAUGAAAUGUCAACCAAAAUUCCGAAAUGCAAUGCUAGGAGGCGCUGUCCGAUCGUUCUUACGGAACUCACUCGUUCCGUUGUGCCUUACGGGCUCUCACUCGAGCCGAACGAGCAGCUGCACAGCGGCGCAUGAUAUAGGCGGUAUGUUAUUACGGACAAAGACAAGGGAGACUGGAAUGGCCAUUUCUGGCUUAUUAGCCGUCGUCAGCCAGUCAUACCCAACCCCGAAGUGCGUUUUCAUUCCCAAAGGAUUAAUUAAGUAGAGUUGUAAAACUACUCAUCAUGUAGCCUACUUCUAUAAUAAUUCAGUUACCUCGGAAUUCCGGCUUUCGAACAAACUUCGAUUCGACUAAAUGCAAAAACUGUACUCUGUAAAAAACGACUACCUAAGAAUCGUGCAUUUUUCUCACUCAUUUUCGAUGCCCUUAAAAAUUUAAUUAUAUUUCAUGGAAUACAUGCAUAAAAACGGUUUAUUUUUUGCACAUUUGGUAGAAAAUUACCUAUUCUUCACAUGUUAUACUUUAAAGAAGGACAUAAUUAGGUUUUAUCAAGUUUCUUAUUAUUGAAUUUUUAAUAUCGUGAAAUGCCCGUUCAUAAAACAUCGCGUCUCUGCACUUACUCAUGUUCCUUCUAAAGUAGACAGUGUGGCUAAAAUCCACUGCUACAUUUUAUGAACCCCAUAUGGUCUCCUCUUAAUGCCGUCAACAAAUGUAUGGUUUUCUGUACGCGGAAAUAUAUGGCUUGUAGUUUGGGGACCCUGCAUGCAAGUGUAACGCCAGGUCGGAUCCAAAAUUAUUCAGGAAUUGGAAAAGUUUUUGAAAACCGAAUUAUACCCUUCCUUCGAAUAUGAACUUGGAAGAAGACGUAACUUUCUACCGAAUAAGCAAAAUAAAAAAUAUUUUUAUGCAUGUUUCCCAUGAAAUAUAAUUGAAAUUUUAUGGGCAUCGAAAGUCAAUGAGAUAAAUGUUUGCUCAACAAGUAGUCAUUUUUUACGGAGUAUGGUUUUUGCAUGCAGCCGAAAAGAGGUUCGUUUGAAAUCCGGCGUUCAGGGGUAGCUGAAUUAUUACAGAACUAUGCUGCAUGAUGAUUGGUUUUACAACCCUACUGACUUAGUCUUUUCGAAAUGAAGACGCAUUUCGGAAUUUCGGUUGACAUUUCAUGAGUUAGCUCUCCUGCUGUAUUUUCCCUGGCUGUCCAUAAUUUACGGAGUAAAAUAUCGUUUGUAAAAGCGUUGGGCACAGUUUUAUCGUUUCUUCGAGGAUUUGUGUCUCCUUCCACCAUAUGUCUCGAUUUUUGAAAGUCUUUGAAAUUCCGGCUUAUGAGUGCGCCUAAUCAAAUACUUGAAGGGCUUUUCAUCCUGUUCGGAAAAUUAUGGUCAUUCCAGGUAUGUUGUGGUAUCUCAGUCUCUAUCAAACUGAUUUUGGAGACUAUUCAAACAACUUCUUUGAAAAUUUUCUGAACCGUAGCUUAUAUAUGUUGUGAAAAAACAACGUAUCGAUAAAUUCGUUAUCAGAUAGAAAUAUUCUGCCUUUUUCAAUGCCAAGUCUGGAGAUCAGGCGCACCAGCUGUCUUUUGGUCGGAAUAAACUCAGGCGUCGGCGUACCGCCUUCUAUUUCUAAAUAUUGUUGUCGUCGUCAACUGUCCAUAGAUAUCGUAAUAUCUCUCCGAGACAGCGGGCCCAGGGCGGUUUCGGACGAACAUGCAGGCAUGUUAACUCUGGACAUUAGAAGGAUAAUAGAGUCGGAUAUUUGCGGUUUCGAAGCUCAGGUGAGCUAAAUUGGAGGCUGGGUAGGACUGGUUGACGACGGCCAGUAAGCCAGAAAUGGCCUAUUCCGGUCCCCUUAGCUUUGUCAGUAAUUGCUUUCUGCCUCUGGAGCUGUUAUUGAUCGAAAUUUAAGGCGCAACGGGAUCAGCAAAGUUCCAUAACGCGAUCGGUGAACACCGUUGCUAUGUUGUGUUAGACUUGUCUGGGCCCUAUUCAGUCAGUCGUUUAUGCUUCAAAAAUGCAUGUGUUCUGAAGCAUGGGCAUGUGCUGACACACCGCCUAUAUGCUACCCCAGUAAGACAUAACCGAAGAGUCAACAGCACAGUCAAAGAAAAGCCGAGGAAGAUCUUAACAGACUUAAAAUAGGCGCUGUUUAGGUCUGUGGGUUUAUUAAAAACUACCCCUGUUGCGGCCGACACUUUACUGGCCAUCAAUGAUAGAGGAAGCAUGUACGAAGUGCCUCUUCUUUUGUGAAAAAUAAGCGUAUAAAGUAAAAAUUCUCCACCAGAAAGCGAACAUUUCAUCGCUGUAGAAUGUCUUAAGUCUGUUUCUCCAUGCGAUGAAGUCAGGUGUAAAAAUAUGUUUUGCAAUUCCCCCCAAUCUUUAGUUUGCCUUAGUACUCUUACAUUAUGGUGCUUAAACUAGUUCUGACAGGAGAGAGUGAAGGUCUGCUGACGCCUAGUGAAGACGAUACGCCUAAAUACUACUUAUCCCUGCGUGACACCAUAUCCUGUGAAACGGGACGACCUGUUCUUGAAGACCAUUUCAACAGCAUGGGCGGAGCCUAUCCGGCGCUUUUCCAUAGUUAUGCUUCUCAGUACUGCAAUACCAUCGGGUUUCUCCUUCUGCUUAAAAGCGCGAUUGUGGAUUCCGGUGGGGGCUGCCAUCUACAUUCUCAGUUAGCUCCGGUUGUCCAGUGAGCUUUGGCAAAUUGCAAAGGCACUGUGCCGACAAUUAGUACAAAGCUAUAGAUCCACAUUCCGGACUCAAAAGUAAUCUCACCGAAGGCUGUAACUGUGUUACCAUUUUCAGUUGUCUGACUGAUCCGAUUUUGUAGCCUUUCUUUAACGAGGUCACGCUUGUAAAGCCAUUUUCGGUGGUCAAAAUUCAAAUCAACAUUUCGUAAUUUAACCUAUUGUAUUGCGUCUGAAUAAUCAACGCUUUCUUUUUAGUCGUCUGCAAACAAUUGGAUCAUUGCUAUAACUAAGUAGUAAAGUUUGCCUUUUAUUAUAGCAAGUACUUUCACUACUCCCUGACUAAAAUGCCCAUCGAAUAAGGAUGAGAAACUACGCAGCUUCUUGUGUCACUUAUUGCGUACGAGCGGCAAAAAGGAGAAAAUGAUCGAUCGUGGGUGUCCUAUAUUUGCAUUUUUACCUAUCCCUUUUUAAUAGGCCGGAUUUCGCUAGUUUCCGGACAAAAACUUUGCGGCUACUGACACGACUGAUAAAACUGCGGGACAGCUGACUCCUCGUUAAAGUUGUCUUAUCAGCCAAAGAAAUUCAGUCUCAAGACCAUUUGUAGUUGACAAAAUUGACUGUGAUAAAAAUACGUGCCUGCCUCUUCCACUUGUGCGCUACGCACUAUCACGGUAGCCGCUGAUCUUCACGAACACAGCAAUGUAUUCAAGACUGAAAUUUUCUCAAUGGUUUGUGAUCAUGUAUGAGGAUUUCUGAGUGAAGUAUUAUUGUCUGAGCAUUGUCUUUUUUAGAGGCCACGGAAAUCCAGAAGACAGUUGCUUUUUGUGAUUUCGUUUUGGGAAAACAGGCAUCUACAUCACUAGACACGUCAAUUAAUCAUGUCAGAGGAAUGACGUACACCUGGUUCUCCGGUCCGAAGGGGACGUUUUUGUCCAAUAUUGACGCAACUAGAGAAAAGAACACGCAUUAGUCAGGAAGUAUUACAGACAAAAACAGAGGAAGAACAUUCAGUGCUUAAAUCCUCCUGUUUUCGGUCGUUGGGUAUUAGGCCGAAGCCCACACCACCGAGACACAAACUUGCGUUUCAAUCACGCAUAAUCAACGUCUUAUAAGCCUUGCGUUCGCCUAUUGAUCUCUAUUGCGGGGUGGUCCUGACGCUGACAACUAAGCCGGAAGUGACCGUCACAGCUCCCGCCGUCCCUGUCGACGAUAUUUUACAAUUUGUUUAUUUGUCAGUUGUUGAGAUUAUAAGACCUCGGAGAAUUUAAGUUAUUGAAGCAGCUCUUGAUAUGGGCAUGUUGUAUUCUAUCAGAGGGAAGGCUCCCAAAAACGCAUAUAUAGGUUAAUGUAUGACUACGCAUUUUCGUCCGCUUUUUCGAACGGACUGGACGCAGAAGGAGACCAUAUAAUGCAAAAUGACUAGCACCUCGCCAAGUAAUAUUUGCGAUGCCUAGUACUACCUUCAAUAUGCUUGAAGGCAGAAGAUUAGGCUUUAGUUGCUAACCUUACUUUUGUAAUUUUACUUGAUUUUGCCGAAUAUGCAUGGGAAACUACUUUUACGUUUUUCUUUCUUGACCUCUUAAUGUGCCAGAACAUUGGAGACCAUUACUUUGACGUCGCCUGCCUGUUCUUCUGAUUUUUAGCUUCCCACGGACGCCUGUCGAACUUUGAUUGCUCUCUAUGAUGAACGGUGUACGGGCCAGUUGAGUGAGACCGACUUCCGCAAGGUAUGGAUGCUCCUCCGCUGUUGGUCCCGCAUGUUCUCCGCCUUUGACCCUCAACGGUCUGGUUACGUCACAUGUCUGGACUUCAGGAUACUCCUUGAGCAAGCCGGUAGGCAUUCUUUUCCUGCCCUUUUUGGUACCUUGUGCGGCCACAUCAUGUAGAUAAUUAUAUCGAAAAAGGAAUACUGACAAAUGCAAGACAGAUUUGAUUGGUCAGUUUUGGCUUAUUGACCGUCCUCAGCCAGCCGUUCCAUGGUGUCAGUUAGGCGGCGUAGGUUUAAGCCCAACCAGUUGGCAACCAGGCGUUCCCCCUGUGAUACGGAUCAACCUCCUGCUUAUUUCUAUCUGAAAUAUUCAGAUCCGCGUGGGAGGGGUUCUUCGAUGACCUCCUUGCAAGGCAAAACAUGAUUAAUUCUCAAUCGAAGCAAAGUUUUAACUCCCGCAUGAGGUCGUAUUUCGACCACCAUUCUAUAAUUCGGAAGAACUACCGACAAGGACAAAACGAACCCGAAUGGUCGUCUUUAGUUCCUUUACCGUUAUCAGCCAGCUUUCCCCCAAACCCAGAAUGCCUUCAGCCAUCUCAUUCUCACUAACGACUUAAGGGUUUGGUCAAGGGUGAAAGUAUGAACGUUCACCUAGCCCAAUUAAAAUAAUUAGAGCAUUUCAUGUUUUUUGAUUUCCAAGCAGUUCGGUUUUUGGUUCGAGUUGUUGCCUAUUAUCGUUGUAUCCAAACAAGCUACGAUUGCGCGUCAGAUUCUGCUUGUUCAUUUCCUGAUGAGUUCCGCCUUUCGAUCGACAUUGAUGACUUCUUUUAAACAAAGAGUUUGAAACGCACCUUGUAUAAGUUCAUCAUUAGUACUUGAAAAAAAACAGACGUUCGUAUACAUUUUACCAUGGUCAAGUUACUCACAUACGGAAAGGCACCCGAAUAUGGAUUUAUCGCUCACAUAUAUCCUUCCAUAAACGGUAAUAUAAGUUCAGUCCAUGGUGGUUUAAGGGAUAAAUUUCCAUUAUUCGACCUCCGUGAAUGAAUUUUUACGACCGUACUACCCCAGUCUGUCCCGGUCGUAAUCAGAACUUGCCGAUGGAAUAGUUAAUAUAAGAAGUAUGAGAAGUAGGACGGGCAGAAAUCGUUUACUGCUACCUACUAGGCAACUUUAUUGUUUGUCAAAAUGUGAUCUAUUAAGUGUAUUCACGAUCAAACUUACAGACAUCAUCAACUGUCUGGAUUUAAGCUGUUCAAAAUGAGACUUACUGACAUCGAUGGCAAAUUUCGUACAGUGACCUUGAGGUCAGGAUAGCACACGUUAACUUUUUGAACAGGCCUUCAGAAGCAAGAUCUUGGGUACAAAAGCAAAAACGACUCAAUCUGCAGUCAAUUAAGAUAUAUACAUAUAAACUUUAGGUGGGCUAACUCAUGAAAUGUCAACCAAAAUUCCGAAAUGCGUUUUCGUUUCGAAAAGAUUAAUUAAGUAGUGUUGUAAAACUAUUCAGCCUGCAGCAUAAUUCUAUAAUAUUUCAGUUACGUAAGGAUGCCGUCUUUCGAAUGAACUUCCUUUCGGUUGCAUGCAAAGACGAUAUUCUGCAAAAAUGGCAACUAAAGAAGCAUGAAUUUUUCUCAUUGAUUUUCGAUGCCCCUAAAAGUCCAAUUAUAUUUCAUAGAAAACAUGGAUAAAAAUAUUCAUUCGUUUGCUCAUUUGGUAGAAAAUUACGUCUUCCUCUAAUUUCAUAGUCGAAGGAGGGACAUAAUUUGGUUUUAAAAAGUUUUCCAGUUCCCGAAUAAUUUUAAACCUGCUCUACCGUCACACUUGUAUUCAGGGUUUCCGAACUACAAGCCGUAUAAUUUCCGCGAACGGAAAAUCACACAUUUCUCUACGGUAUUAAGAGGAGAUCAUAUGGGGUUCAUAAAAUUAAGCAGUGGAUUUGAUUCAUAUUGUUUACUUUACAAGCAGAGAUAUGACGAUUUAUGAACGGUCAUUUCCCGGUAUUUAAAAGUCUCACAAUUAAAAACGUUUUUUUAAAAUCGAAUUUUGUCCCUCCUUCGAGUAUGAAAUUAGAGGAAAACGUAAUUUUUUACCGAAUAAGCAAAAGAAUGAAUAUUUUUAUCCAUGUUUUCCAUGAAAUAUAAUUGGACUUUUAGGGGCAUCGAAAAUUAAUGAGAAAAAUUCAUGCUACUUUAGUUGCCAUUUUUGCAUAAUAUCGUUUUUGCAUGCAACCGAAAGGAAGUUCAUUCGAAAGACGGCAUCCUUACGUAACUGAAAUAUUAUAGAAUUAGGCUGCAGGCUGAAUAGUUUUACAACACUACUUAAUUAAUCUUUUCGAAACGAAAACGCAUUUCGGAAUUUCGGUUGAUAUUUCAUGAGUUCGCUCACCUACUGUAUAUAAACCCCUUCCGUAGUAGUCAAUUAGGUUCGUCCCAAUAAUGCUUUUUAAAAUUUUCGAUUCUCCUUUAAAGUGCGACCGAUUGCUUUCGAGUAUUUUGGCUCUCUUAGCAAAAUGCGCGAAGAAUAGCUGCUCAUUUUUUCGGUGUAUUGUUCAUACUUCCCUUACUCGACUGCACCGACCCCGUACCACUUUUACUCAGGCACCGAGCUACGUGAUGUUAAUUAUUGACUACUUCCAAAUGGAUAGAGGGAUUUGCAUGAUACAGGAUAUGGACUCGACCUGGUGGGGAUGUCCAAAAUAUUUUUAGUGCUUUCCUCUUGGUCCUACGGUUCACAUUUUUGUCUUACACUGAUUAUCUGCCUGCUGUAUUGUUAAAAUGCUGGGGCAAAAGGAAGUAAAAAUUUGUCAAUAUUGUGUGUAUGGCUGAAGUGAGACGAAGGAUCAAUUACACUUUCCGUCUGGUCAUUUUCUGUUAGGCCCUUCCACUGGCGAUAGGCCGAGGCAGGGUCUUCUGUGGCAGGGAGGACUGAGCACUGUGUGGGUAGACAACCAAGUAAUAGGCUGUCGCGUAACACAUAGCGGUAAGGCAGUUAGGCGUGGCUGCUUACUGAGCCAGAAAGUCCGCAGCCAGUAAGUUAAACCGUUCUGCCCGUACGUCAAGUUUUUUCUUGCCCCCCACCCCCCUGCCCUACGCUCACUUCUAUCGCUUUGAACACUGGGGUUUCUAAGAAGGACUGGACGCUAGGCUCGAGACCUCGCUAUUACUAAAUACCUUUAUUACUGCCUGUCAGUCCUUAACGUAUGCUGCACGCCUCACGCGACCGCGCUCACCUUCCGGUGAUAGACCGGCAUCUGGAAUGCCAUCCCUCGGAAAUGUUUUCCGCUUAAGUUUGCGCACUCUCAAAUGCACAGACACAUAAUUACGCAGGAUGUACCGCCUUUUCAGUCGAGCUACCGGCACUGCAUCUCUGUGGAAAACCCAACUACCCGUGAUAAAAAUGCAAAAGACAGCUAUUAAUUACCAUCUUCAGUACUGCGGUGUCUAGUAAAAUAGAGCCACAUCUGCGCUGCAGCAUAACUACUUAAGUAGGCAAAUACCGCAUGAGGGAUAUUGAGGUUACAGUAAGUCUGCUAACUCGUGAAAUUUUAACCGAAAUUCCGGAUUGCUUUUUCGUUUCGAAAAGAUUAAGUAAGUAGGGUUGUAAAACUAAUCAUCGCGCAGAAUAAUUCUAUAAUAAUUCAGCUACCCCGGAACUCCGGAUUUCAAGCGAACUUCUUUUUGGCUGCAUGCGAAAAAUACACUCUGCAAAAAUGACUACUUAAGUGGCAUGCAUUUCUCUCAUUGCUUUUCGAUGCCCUGAAAAUUUCAAUUAUAUUUCGUGGAAAACAUGCAUAAAAAUGCUCAUUGUUUUGCUUAUUCUGGUGGGGAAUUAUGACUUUCUCCAAAUUCGUACUUGACGAAGGGUAUAAUUCGGUUUUCAUAAAUUUUCCAAUUCCCGACUAAUUUUAAUUCGACCUGGCGCAACACUUGCAUUCAGGGUUUCCAAAUUACAAGCCAUAAAUUUUCCGCGUACGGACAACCGUACAUUUCUAGACGAGUUAAGAGGAGGUCAUAUGGGGUUUAUAAAAUUCAGCAGUGAAUUUGAGUUCUGUUAGACUCGUACACUGGUGAUAGGCAGAGGAAUGUUCUUCCGUGGCAGGGAGGACUGAGCACUGUAUGCGUAGGUGACCAAUUAGUAGGCUGUCGCGUAACACAUAGCGGCAAGGCGGUUAGGCGUGGCUGCUUACUGAGCCAGAAUGUCCGCGGCCAGUAAGUUAAACCGUUCUGCCCGUACGACAAGUUUUCCGCCGCUCCUCUCCCUCCCCUACCAUAUUCUAAACUUUACAAGCCACAUAAGUAAAUGCAGAGACGUGAGGUUUUACGAACGGCCAUUUCACGGUAUUAAAAAUUAUGAACUUUUUUGAAACCGAAUUAUACCCUUCCUUCGGACACAAAAUUCGGCAAAGACGCAACUCUGUACCAAAGUAACAAAUGAAUAAGUAUUUUUAUGCAUGUUUUUCAUGAAAUAUAAUUGAAAUUUUUAGGGCAUCGAAAAGCAAUUAGAGAAAUGCAUGCUACUUAAGUAGUCAUUUUUUGCAGAGUGUAUUUUUUUCAUGCAGCCAGAAAGAAGUUCGUUCGAAAGCCGGCAUCCUGUGCUAACUAAAUUAUUAUACAUUUAUGCUGCCCGAUCAUUAGUUUUACAACUCUACUAAAUUAAUCCUUUCGAACCAAAAACGCAAUCCGGAAUUUCGGUUAACAUUUCUUGAGUUAGCACACGUACUGUAUAUAUUUUCAAGUUGUCUGCCUAUCGCAAAAUCGGAAAUUUCCUUUCUCCUCAAGACUAUUUUAUUGAAAGGCACCUCGAUGCUCCGCACGAAGAAAGGUUUCAACUGCUCGAUUAUUUUAUACUAGCAAAGACUGUCCAGAAGGAAAUUAAGUGUUUGUCAAGCCUGUCCUUCACGUGUUGCUGGCCAGCAAUAAAUAAGCGCGCCCAAGAUAAUACCGCUACCCAAGCCGAUGUAGCAUAUCUGAAGAUCGGUACUACCGUAUCGUGUAAAAUGUCCCCCGAUACUUCGGUUUCGUCACGAAAUUCAGCUUGUCCGCGAAGUCAUCCUUCCAAACUCCCAUCCCGAACAGCACCUCCAUAGUGUGUAACUAGUUUAACAAGAGGAGCUGAUGCGGUUAAGCCAGUCCUGGAGAUAGGACAGUUUCCUAGAAGCAGUGACAUUACACUGUGGGAAAACGUUUGCCAGAGAUCUGGUCUUAAUUACUGGAGCUUGGACCGCACUACUUCAUUACCAUCUAGACGCUGCACCUGGCUGAACCAUCUCUGAGCCGUUACUGGCGUUAAGCUCUAGGACGCCAAACUAACAUGAGUCCAGAUAUUAAUCUACGAGUAGUGCUCUUUUUGCAGCAGGUUUUGAUAGAAUUCUCGAUGGAUUAACCGUCACACUCUUCAACCUCAAAAACCUCAACAAAUUUUGCUGAUCGCGCCAACUUUAAUGCAAAAUAUUCCUCCUGUAAGGAAACAUGUAGAAUACUAAAAAUAACAAGCAUUUGUUAGUAUUUUGAAUACUACAAAAAUGCUCUCGUCGCACCGUUAGAUGGUAAUGGAUUACUGAUGUCUCAGUUUAUGAAUUGGACGGUACUUUUGUGUCUGGAAGUUUGUACUGACAGUUAAUUUCCCGGGGGGUUGGGACCUGUGACAUCUGUCGCCAUGUUAUGAACUUUCGAAUUCUCCAUUAUUAUGUGCCCUAAUCUGCGAGUCACAUAUUGCGGCUCAACUGUACUUGUCAUAAGUGAAUAUGCUCUCAUUUUCGGAUUUUCUAUGUUACAUAAAUGUGAAAUAUUUCAGUACUAUGGCAGUUUUUGACGAAUGAGACCCCACAGCUGCCUGGAUCAGUGUGAAAGGCCUGAAAUCGGAAAGGAUUCAAACUGCAGUGGGACUGCAGAACAGUCUGGACAAUACAUUCAGUGCUUCUACCGUUUCUUCCCCUGGGGGUGUAAUUUCGUUUCUACGUAGCACAGGUCUCUAGGAACGCAUUCAUGCUGGGAUGUGAUCAAAUAAACUCCUAUCGUUUUUACAUCAGCAUAUCACCCAAGACCGACCGGUGCAAAUAUCAGAAACUGUUGCUUAAUCAUUUUCUUCAUCAAUGCAGCGUUCAUCAAGACAACAUGAGAUCUUUACUCACAAUUUUUGUAUGUCUGCGACUGAAUCGGAAAUCCCGACUUCAGCAUCCAAACAGUAUUUUGGACUCUCUCCCCACGGAGUAAGGUUAGAGGUCCACUUUGGUGGAACGAAGUCAAGGAGGAAAUACAGGAUGUGAGCCAAAUCAAAAUCUGUAACAGCAGAAGGUGAAAAACGCAUGUUCAAAUGGCAUGUUCUAUCUAGGUAGCUUUGGUAAAACAUAUUGUAUAGUUUUAAGCCAGUCGGCAAGUUUGCGUGCUUAUCGCAACCUGAAAUGUCUAGGUCAGUGACAUCUGUCAGUCGACCAUGCCUGGUGGUUCUUUAGCAGAAUUUCGAAGCUACACGGAAACCCGUAUUAGGUUACGUAAUCAGCCUACACUGAUGAAUGGACUUCACACGUCACUUUGGAACUCUUUGGAUGACAAGAGACAAAGUGCGAUUCCGUGGCUGUCAAGUGUUAGAGCCUUUACCCUGGUGGGUGACAGAAAUCUGAUCCAAACCCACGACUUACCGAACCUAGACUGGGUUGUGGUUGUCUGAUCACGAAAAUAAGGUUGUCUUUGUCCUCUUUUUCCAAAUAACCACUAUUAUUUAUUGGAAGAGUGCCUUAAAUCAAUUAUUUUCGCCAGGGUGGGGCGGUAAAUUGCGAUGACCGAGUCAUUUUAAAUCACCCAGUCUGACUUCCGGUCGACUCAUCGCGUAAACCCGACGACAUUUUCCAGCACGAGGCUUCAUUUGUCUUCUCUCCACUUCAACAUAAAUGUGAUCGUAUGUUGCUGUAUUUCUACUGGUCCUGAGUAUUUUGACUUCGUCAUUGAUUUGAUUGCUUUAGCGCUGGAAUUAUAUACAGUCGUCCUUCUCACUUUCUGACUCUUUCAGUGCUUGGUGUUUGUAGGGGAUGAUCACUGGCAACGAUCAUUUUGAUUCAAAUAUGACCUAAUAAGGCAUGACUGAAGGGGACAUUUCCAGCUCUAGGUGUGUGUAUUAGUGAAAAAGAGGGGUCGAGCACCGGGAAAUUUUGUUUAUUGUCCUGAGCUUCCGAACCCGUGCAGGAGUCCAUCGUCAGAGAUAGAAACAGCAACAGAACAAACGACAGUUAUAGGGCAUGUAAACCAAUCAUCGACCGACGGCGCAAGACUGGAGAUGACUGCACAGGGCUCUGUAACCCGGCGCCAGAUCGAUAAAUCGAUUGACUGAGUUCUCAUCCCAGGCCCAGGCUUCAAUCAGUUCUCGGCCUGUUUUAUUUCCUGUGUGGGCGACUAUUUUGGUGACUGCACGAUUUCGAAGGCUCAGACAAUAAACGAAAUGGUCCGGUGCUCGACCCCUCCUCUUUUUUACUUGCAAAUAGGGCAUGUUACGGUAACCGGUCGGACACGGGAAUUUGGACCUCCUCCGGUGACCCUGUGCUAAAUCCCAAGGGGUUCCUAUUCCCUUGUCCCAACUUUAAUCCUAACCCCGACACUUACCCUCAGACCCCUAGCCCUAAUUUCCAAACCCAAUCUAACUCUAAUGCUCAUAAACGUAACCUGCCUAACCCUAACUGCUGCAACCUCCCCUAGGGAAUUUAGGGCAAGGCCACCUGUAAUAGGAGGGUACAUACGUCUGUGCCAAACCUGGUAUCCACUUAGGUAUGCCGUUGUAAUACAGUGACCUACAGAUAGUAUGUUUUGUGGUGGCACAAGCUAUCGAAUUUUUUUACGAAAAACAUCCAUCAUUCAUCGCUCUCAAGUUAUACUCCACAAAAUGCUGGAAGACAAAACGGCGAGGUUCGGUUCUGCAGCCCCACUUCAUUGAUACCAUAUGUUCAGCUUCCUAAAACAACUGUAGUAGAUGCGAGUACGCUGGAUUUACAAACAUCCCAUGUGUGCACCCUCCUUACCAUUUUAACCCAGCAAGUGACUGUGCCACGGGGGAUGAGUGCUUAUACGCCAUCCUCGUUUACAUCAGGUAUCAGUUCACACUCGCUCCUCUGCGCGUGCUUUAAGUCCCGCUUGCGCCCUCUUCAUUAUACUAAUCCAGCGCGUGGCUAAGUGGGCUUGCUAAGGGAAUUAUUCGAACGGAUUGGAACUCCAUCGGUUCCACUACAGUGGCCACGCGGUUCUCUCCGUGGUCUUCCAGCUAUGAUUGCACCCUCCUUAUCCUACUGACCCAGCGAGUGGCUGUAUCGAUGGGAGAGCGUGAGCACGCCGCCUUUACGUGCUUCCCUGCGCGUGCAUCGAGCUCUGCUUGUGCUGUCUUUCCCUUCCUAAUCUAGCAAGUGGCUAAAUUAGGUAUGCUAACUAAACUUGUUUAGGGAAUCUAACCAUACGAUAUGAAUAAAGUGGAGCUGCAGAACCAAAUCUCGCCGAUAAAACCUACCACAAAACUAUCGACUACGGUGGUGACAGAUCCAAUCAUGGUUUGGGUACGUCAUUCCCAUUACGAAGCACAAAUCGUGUCGGACUGUAAAGCUGAUCGUUGAUACGCCUACGCCUGGCAGAGGAGAUGACGAAGACCACACUGGGGCUGGACGGAGUGACUUCAAGGCGGUUCGGUUUGAGGUGAGGGGAUGCUCUUCGAAUAGUAAAGUGUCGUUUAAUAGCAGACUACAAAGAGGAGACGCCGACAACAGGUUAAAUCAUGUGAAAUCAGAAUGUCUUAUUUUAAUGAAGCAGGAAACUGAUCAGGAAGACAUUAAAGCCUAAUGGCCAGAAUAAAACCAUCUUCAAAUUGCUAAAUUAAAAGCUAGGGAAUAUUGUAGGCACAUACCCGUCAAAUUGAGCAAACAUAUUUACGAAACUUGUUAAAAAGAACUUCAACACGAAGGGGUAAUGGAUUACUAAGAUGAACAAACUGAGCUUCCGCUGUCAAAGAAUUCUCAAACUGAAUGACCAUCCACCUAGACGAGCCGUACUCAGAUGUUUAAUUUAGGUAAAGAUAGCGCAAAACAAUAUUGAUUCAGUGAGGUGCUCGAGAAGUGUGCACGCCUACGCAGGGCAACGUUUGUCAGGGCUUCUAGGAACAAAGUGGACCAGAAAAAUUAUAGGGGCGUGAAAGUGAAAUUUUGAGGCAGUUUUUUGCACUCGCGCAACACGGGAUACAACAAUAGGUACAGGGAUGGCAAUAUGCGCAAAAGUUAACUUCAAACACAAGUAGCACGCGAGUAUGGAACAGUUCAUUUUGUUAUUUGGCUAUCUUAUGACCUCGUAUCUUGUACGUUUCUGUGCGCAGUACUUCGGUAACGUAACUUCCUUUGCACGCCGAUAUUAUUUUAUGACACCCAACCAGUUAAGGCUCUUGGCGUCUACUUUCGUCUGAAGUUUCGAGAACUUGGUAUUCGCUGCUGGCCAUUCCUCGACAAUCUCUCCUUUGACAGCAAUCGGGUGUCUAUCCAAUCUACGCAAACGCUCCUUAAGCACAUUAUUUGAUAAGAUUCUGUGUCGGAGCCUUUUCCUUAAUAAGAAUGAGUACGCAAACUCCUCUAACUGACAGAAUGAUAUUAGUGAGUUUAUUUGCGGAGUAGACUGAGCAUUUUAGUUCGUCAAUGCAUUGUUGCUUGGUUGAGUGCGUCAUGUAUUAUUUCCUUGUUAUGCGUACGGCUACCAAGAAUUAUGAUCCUGUUUUUUGUCGGUUUAACGCCGAUCGCUCUACUCUACUAAAAUGCGCAAUGGCUGACUGAUCAUGUUUUUGAUGUCUGUUCCAUGUUUGCAAUUUUCAUUUUAGGAUUCUAUCUCCCGUAUACAAGCCUGGCGAGGUUGAUCAAUCGGUUCGUUGACGCGGACUGGCGCAUAAGCUAUGGUGCCUUCGUUCAAAUAAUGGCUCUGCUGAACAAAAAAAUAGGUUUGUUCGCUAUAAUCUGCGUUAAAUUCUCUUGUUUCAACUUCCACACAGUUUUGUUUUUUUCAUGCACGCCCUGUCUAAAGAUGGACGACAGAAGCGAUCAGAUGACCUCGUAUUGUCAUUCAAAUGAGACUGAGGCUUCAUUAGUCCGAUGAAAACAUUAGGACGAAGGAGUUAAAUGACGUAGAAAAUCUCCGAAAAACGUCAUCUAAAAUGGCUGUAAUCGUGAUUGCGAAACGUUAGCAACUGACUGCGUUAGAAGCUACUUGACUGUCGUGAUGUGCGCGUUUUUUGCAAUUAAAAACAUUUAUUUAGUAUUUUGAUUUGAAAUCUGCCGAUGGCGGCUAGUCGGUCUUUUAGACGAUCCCUGACUGGGGAGCGUUCAUCCUGUUGCACCUUCGUUUCACUUGCAAUCACUUUUCCCCCUGGAUCUUCAUUUCUACCUGAAAAAAUUUAGAUUAAUGUACCUUCUGCUGACAGAACAACGAUACGUCGUCGUUCGUUAUUUGACGAGGAGAGUGAGAGUCAUCCUUUUUAAAAUUCCGCCCCUCAGGUUUAAUUGCCCUACUAACAGCUGCUUCCGUGUCUGCCAAAUCGGCAUUUUAUUCCUAUUAUUUCUUUUGAUUUGGGUAAGCUUCUUGGGCGUGACUCGUCCUGUAGAAAUCUCGUUUAGUUGGCUAUACUGAUGUUUCCUAAAGAGGCUGAUGUGCUGAUUAAUGAUUAAAGGAAUCUCCGCUACCACAAUUUGUGUAGUUGGGCAUAUUAUGGGGCGUGCUUUCCUCUGAGUGGCCAGACAGCUAGGCAAACGCUGACAGUUAAAAACCACUUUGUUUUACGCCAAGCGCAUUGCCAACAUCAGCUUGCUUCAUAUUUCCGCUAAUAAAUUCCCAGAGAAGGUGGUUAAUUUGAAUCAUAAUAUGCUGCCUCCUUAUUUCGAAGUAUAUUUUUGCGCCCUCCCAUUCUUUCCUAAUUGAAGUGUGAACACACUUGUUCUUACACAAAAUAUUCUUGACUGGGUCUUCGAUGCUCACUCACGAAAUAGGACGCAGACUGGUCAAAUUGUGAACUGCUAAUCACUGUUGGCCUCCUAUAGGGCGUAAAUAGUCAACACUGCAGAACUCCGAAGUGGACCUUUCAGCUGCCUAAUUUCCGCACCUGUCAAUCACGAUGUAGUGCCAAGAGAGUUGGCGAAGUGCGGCAGUUUUCUGACUGCAGAGAUGUAGAGAAGUAACGCGCACUCAGCAACUCGCCUCCUUUCUGCCUGUUUGCAUUACUUUAAUUUGUGGCAAUUGGCCUCAAAGAUGGAAAAUUAACAGCCAAAGAACUGUUAUCAGCGGUAACACAUCAAGAAAACCGCACAAAACCGCGACACAACGAGCACGCAAGAUGGGUAAAGUUGCAGAAGUACCACUAUAUCUGCUGUCUUACAAACAUGCUUCGAAUAAAUGUAUGUAUCUCUGGCUAAUUGUCCUAUCCGGAGUUGCCUAUCCGUAGUGUAUUUCAUUAAUUCUUUUCUACCUUUUUUUCCAUUUAUUCCAUCCCAGAACAGUAAGAGAAACGCAUUCGUUUGGUUCUGCCCAACACACCAAACACUGUUUCGUGAUUAUGCCCUUUCAUACAUGCUUUAGUAUUUGCUUGAAGUAGGAAUGUCGAGCAAAGCAGAUGAGCAUAGUUCCUUUCCAACUCAUAAAAGCGUCAGGGCGUUCAGUUUUGUCGGAAAACCCCACAGUGGAAACCUGGGGAGAGCAAGCGCUAUUGGUCAAAUACUCUUGUGGUCGACACUUAAUGAAUCUCUACUUACUGCCAAUUUUGGGAACCGAAGUGCCGGGAAACGUGACAUGGAAUGUUUAUGUGUCUCGGAUUUGACUAACAGGACUAUGCCAAUUUCGCCCGCUCUGUCUCUUUCUUCCUUUAAUACCGACGACAAUUUUUUGUCAUCGUCUGCUAAUUUAGAUGACAGGCUUCUGAACGGCUUCGCUAAUUGAUAAACCUCUCGCUCGAAUUGGUUGUCUGAUGGUUCGUUUCUGGCUGACUUUUUAGUUGACGCUACGACAGCCUCCACUGUCCGCCUCUACCCUCAGCUAGGUCUCUUUGCAAGUCUGAGGGCCUAGUAGGCCGUUGCGAUGUCACUGUAUCAGGCAAAUCGUUCGGAGUUUACUGAAAAAGACCAAAGACGUCUCUUUUGGCUACCGCAGUAGCUGACUGCAUGGAAGCGGUCUCCUUUACUAUGAAGAGGUUUAAAGAGGGAGGACGAUAAAUUUUACUUUGCACUCAAAAACCCUUAUUCCCCCACUUUGUUUGGCGUUUCUUACAGGAAUCUACUGGUGAGGUCGUUUGUGUGUUCAUUUUUCGCUGAAGUUGUAUGGGUGUUUCUAAAAAACAACACGCACUAUAUGCUGCCUAUGGCAGGAUUCUGUUACAGCUUAAACGCCCGCCAAAGGCACGUCAUCUUUGCUUGUAGCCACGAUAUGCGGCUUUACAUUACGGGGUUGACUCAAACAUAGUAUAUAAUUUCGGAACACGGGCUUUUCUUCAAUGUAAACGUGAAUCAAUAAACACUUUUUUAGACAAAACAUUUUAUUUCAUGUAAAUAGUCAAUGAUGCAAGAUACGCGAGUUAAAAGUUGUAUAGCCCUUCAAAGGAUUUAUUUACUAAUACAAGUACCAGGCGUUUCUUUGCGUGAUACACACAACCUAAAUUGUUUCUGUUUACGGAGAAUUAUUCCCAAUCUGACUAGAAAUAUCCCCAACGGAGAACCUCAUGCCGCAGUGGUUUUAUUAACUUUUGGUCACGUUCCUGGUUAAAAGAUACUGCAUUUUUGCUGAUGUUCUCAUUUUUUAUUUGAAGUAUAUUUUAAAGGUUCGAUGUAGACUUUCAGCGAGUCAAGUAUUUCUGUUCGAAAUAAAUCGUCAAUUUAAACACUUUAUGUAGAUUUCCGCAUGAACUUUAGCCCUGAUCUUGAAGUGGCGACUUCCUUCACCAGUGCUCACUUGUUUCGUAUUUCACCUUAGCGUAGGAACUUCCUCUCAGGUAGAGCAACUUCUCAGCAAGUCAAAAACCUAAAAAACGAUGCAAAAGAGCCGAUAGUGCAUAAAAAGAUUUAUGUGGAUAUGGGUGACGAUACUAACCCCCGGCGUUGACACGGAAGGAGAAGAAAAUCUCUGCGAAGGACUGUUUCGCCAGCUGGCGUUUCGCACUCAUGCCCGAAUUAAUCAUCAAGAACGCACAGGAUGACAGAUAGAGGCUUUGAAUAUCUACCAGGCUAACUUGCUUUAGGCUCAUUUGUCUGUUUUUUACUGGAUCUGCCUACAGCUCGUUCUUGCCUGACGGCUUCAUACUGCACUGGCAGACCGACUCUAUGGUUGGUCAAUUUGGCUUCCCAUUGCGGGGCUUCGAUUAUUUCUUUCUCUCUCGUCGUUCCGCUUUCGGCUUGAUCGAGCACUUAUAUACUGCCACAGGUGGAUUUAUUGUUAUUUACGAGAUGUUGUGUGGUCAGCUGGGGUCACACGUCUCUCCGCUUCACGGCCAUGGCACGUAUAUGCAUACGCGUUCUCAGCCGCUAGUUGGUUAUGGCACUGCAAUUGACCGGACAGUUAACGCGAUAGGUACUUCUUUAUUUGUCUAUAGGCGUUAAAUGACCGUUAGGAUAAGAAUCGCAGACCGGUGUCCAAGGUUCACGUUAAGUAGCAUUGCAUGAAUGAGAUUUGGAGUUGUUGUUUCGUUCAUCCUCAUUCUUAUGUGACAAUGCAUCCCUGGCCCCAUUUAAACAAACGUGUAUACCAACGUCACACGCAGGCGUGUUUAUGGACUUGCGAGAGCACUGUUUUUUUUUUACCAAAUCGACAUAUACUGCAACUCCGAGCGCCGCGGAGUUGCGAUGGCUCUGGUGUCUGUGGCGCCAGCUAGUGCGUUACACGCGUAAACGGUUUGUUUGACUUUGUCGACCAUUGCGCUCGAUGACCGGAUCUCAGUUCGUAGCCGUAUCUGCAGUUGACAAGCCCCAGCCUAGCCCCCGCCCCUAACCCCCAACCACAACCCCUAACCCCAACCCCUUGCCCCAACCUCUAACCCCCAAUCUUAACUCCUAACCCUAGCCCCUAAUCCGAACCCUUUACAGGUACGGCUACGAAGUACGAUCUUGUCCGCUCAAUUCCAUCGAAAUUGACGGAGACACUUCACCAAUCGAUUGACACACGAGAGAGGAAGGAGAUUGUGAAGCCAGCACUGGGUAAUCCAUCCCCGCGGCACAUCAGCGCUUGGAUCUAUCACGACAUGCUACAAGUCUUACAUUGGGGGGUUGCCAACUAAUGCGAUAACUUGGUCCUCGUGGUCAGUACUGCGUGUGUGUGGUGACUGACUGGAGGACUGUGUGCCAGGCUCAGCGACUCCUUCUUAGUAUGGUCUUUACGGCACCCCCGCGCAUGUGAAAUCCGAGCCGCCAAUGUGUGGCUUGUGCACUCUGCGAAAACCAGGUCGUGCGCCGUACGCAUAGGCGGGCUGCUUAGCUUUAUCAGCCCAUCACUCCCAAGCCCGUCUUCGGUCAACCUGCUAUUGUCUCGCCAGUCGGACCAGAUGAGUGAGGUAGGAGAGAGUGCGGUAGUUACCGCUCAAGCCUCCCCCCCCUCCCCACUAUGGAUCGAUUCACGCGCAACUCACAGAUGCUGCGCAUACACUGGACGCCAUCGUUCACAAUGGUCAAACUGUCACAUAUGUGUAUAUUCAUCAUACGUUCGGAAAAUGUUUUCAUCGCGCAGUGAGACCCGGUUUGAUAAACAUUACACGGCGACGAUUGUAUGUGUAGUCGCACCGUUUUUAUUACUGUAACAUGCCUGCCUAUUCGAUUUAGGUAGGCAUGCCAUACUAGGGUUACGUUUCUGGCUGGGCUUGAGGACAAUUAAAUUCGUGGUCGAGUAAGGGUUGGAUUAAAGAUUCGGUUCAAGGCUAAAUUUGCAUUCCGUAUGCCACCUUGGCCAAUCCGGCCUUCUUUAGUCAGUAACUCUAGAGUAUGUUUUCCAACCGUUUAUAUGCACCUAAUUCACGCGUUCCAGGCUGCGCAGUCUGUUAGCAUACCUCGUUGGAGUAGUAACAUAAGCAUACGGCAGAAAUGUGCGUUCUUCCAAUGUAUUCUGCAGAUCCCGUUGAUUACCGCAUCCUUCUAUCCUAUUGGCAAAACCAAUGCUAACACUUCCCUCAUUACGGGGAUUACUGGGCUCUACUUUCUCGGAAUUUUUAAGUAUCAAAUUCUCCCCCAUCCUAUCAUGGUUUUUAUGUAGACUUUUCAUCCUGAGCGUAAUCAUUGGGUAUUAUCGGCGAAACACGAUCGAAGGUUUCCCAAUCAGAAGUCAAAGAUGAUAUUUAAAUAAACAAGCUUUACUGAGACGAGGGAGUGUAUAGGCUGCUCAGAAAGCAGUUGCGGCAAGCCUUUUUACCAGGCAAGUGCGUGUGUCGAGGCUGUUGGGCCUCAGCGCAUGCACGUAUGCGUUAUGCGGCCAAACAGCGGGCGACGCAGCGUCGAUCUGCCCCAAGAUUUAGCCUAACUGGUGCCAAAUCUCGCGUGGCUCAAGCAGCGAAGUGACGAGGAACGUGAGGCGGACAGAAAGGCAACAUCAAUAAGUGGCCAUGCCCCAAGGAGUAAUCGAUGUGGGCGUACGUAAACGGCAGAUCACGUAAGGCUUGGUCGAUGAACAUCUAGAACGUUUGGGCGGCAUUACGAGGGCCAAAGGACAUGCAGAUGAAUUCGAAGAGGCUUAAGGAAUGUCCUGUAAGGCAACAGGUAUCUGUUGGAAUGUGCGCGCCAGUUAGAUUUUCGAGAAAACCGCUUUGUCCAAAAUGACUCCAGUGAAGUCCUGAAGAUUGGGCAUUGUCGAAGAUCCCCAAUCAGAAGUCAGGGAAGACGGUUUGAGUUGGACAACCUUUACUGUUUUGGAAGUGCGUACACAAAGGAUCUGUAAGCAGUCUCCGCGAGCGUGCUCUCCAGGCAAGUUGUUGCCUGCGUCCGCCUUCUAGGUGCUGAGCCCCAUCGCGUGUGCGCCUUUCGUUGUCUCCGCGUCCGCCAGCCAAUCAGAGGGGGGACAGCGUUGAUAGACCUGGAACACUCGCGAGGCUAGUGACAAGCCUCGCGAAUCCCAACAGCGUAUCGACAAGGAGUGUGAGGCGGACAGGAAGGCAGCGUGACAAAGGCGGAGGGCAAGGGGGCGAACUGUCACAGCAUUAAGUACCGAUCGGAAAUGGUGACGUUAUUGAUUGUAUGGCAGUUGCCACCGGGUUAACAGUCGCCUGAUGUUACCCUGCGCACCACAUGCAAAGGCGACGUCCAGGGACCCUCGAAUGGCCGUCGGACGCUGAAAUGCAGCAUGCGUUCAAACUCGGCCUUCGCAGCCUAAAGGCGGGCAGGCGCCAGUCCCCCAGGCCCAGAGAACAGAUGAGGACCGGAGGUGCGACUAUGGAACACAAAGUCGUGUUGGAUCCCGCCACUUCGGAACUGCUGGUCAGUGAUUUUCGGCUGCUGGAGGAGAAGCCCCCGACAGGGGCAAGCGAGAUCUGCAUGCAGAACAGAUAAGUUGCAGGAAGUUAGAAAGGGGGUCGAUUUUCAGAGGGAUAGGCUAGUCUUGAAGUCGAACGUUCGGGCGCACCGGAAGGGCACAAGCAGAUCAAACUCGGCUAGAAAGUCCGAGUCUAAGAUUACAUGGGGGACAUCGGCAGUCACAAAGGUCAAUCCGUAUGAACGACAAAGGCCGAUGUCCCAUCUGAGAGACCGGCUGCCGAACGCAGAAAGGGGGGAAGUUAUAACCCUGGGAUAAAUACCGGCGUGUGGGCAGCGUAGGCCGGCUGAAGUUGGAGGGAACACGCUGAUACGGGCUGUUACAGACGUAAAAUGUGCGACUAGAGUCAGAGGAGUCAGGGAAGUUGGUCGUUCUGAUCUUCGUGCUGUUUAUUCUCACCAGUGAGCUCCGCUUCGAGAUGAAGAAGCAGAGAGAGAGAGAGAGAGAGAGUUGCAGCGACGAAAUGUGGCACCAAAUAUGGUUUGAAACCAGCAAGUGGUAGCUGUGCUGGGUCAUGUCGAAGUAAGCCUAUUGGACUCGCCGGCUGGAUUGCCUUGAUGCGCUCCGAGAUUAAGAAUGGCUGUCUGUUGGGUAAGAGAAGCUAAAUCUUACGAGUGAUUCGUUAGCUGUGACUUCAUGUCGGAGAGAGAAGAGACGUAGUAAAAGCUGACGUAAUCGUAAGCGCGGGAAAAGAGGACAUGGCGAAACCACAUAUCUCCAUUUGGGUGAGUUGCGCGUCCGACUGAAUAAUAGAAACGAACGUCAAGACUUGCUGCAGUCCCUGUAGAUAUCUAUCCAUUAUCAACGCCUGGCUGUUAAACAGAUUGGGAAUGAAAAUGUCUGAUAUGCAGAAGGGGGUCACCGUGGGUCGAAGUACGACUGUCGACAACUCGAAGGUACUCAAAUCAGAGGGCCGGAAAGACAGUUAGAUGGGCAGGCUUUAUUGCGGCGAGGGAGUGUACAGGCAGUUCAGUAAGCAGCUGCAUUGAACCGUCGUAUCAGUCAAGAGAGCGUGUGUGUGCGUUGAUGUUGUUGGGCCCCAGCACGUCAGUUAAUGGCCGUGCUGGCUAUCGCGGGAGCAGACUGCCAUAUAAUAGCUGUAGGUAUACUGUUUAAACUGCCUUCCUGGCAGUCCUACUAGCCUGGUAACUUUUUAUCUGGCAAAAGUCACAUAGUUGCCUCUUCCAUAUUGUUGUUCCCCAAGCACGUUGAAACCCUCCAGUUGCACGCAGUUCACUCAUGAAAAUAUUAAAGCGGUCGGUUGUGGCCUGUCGAGGACUAACAUUUUCUCCAUUUUCUUUUUUAUUUUUGAAUUUAUAUGAUUUAAUACCUGAGGUAACGAGCGAAGAGUUAACUGCAAUUCAGGUCUCUUUGACUUCUACACCCUCCGCGCCUCCUUAAUCCAUGUGAAGUGCAUCGAUGCCCUAAUGCAACCACAAGAAGUACACCAUUUACGUCUUCGCUUUCCAAUUCUUCUCUUCGAGGUAGGGAAAGAAACCCCAGGAAGAAUGGACACGCCUGUUCACCUGGCUGUUCUCCACCCGAAGCGUUCUGAACCGUCGGGUAAUAGAGCGGUCUUCGUUAAGAGCUAAUUACGAGAUCAACAUGCCGUCGGGUAUGAAUCAUAAGCGGUCGCGGACCACACGAAACCAACCUCUUCAGACACGGACAAAUACUGGUCUAACACAUCAAUUGUCUUGUAGCAGCUAAGCUGUGAGAGUGUACUCAGAGCUCUAUAAUCAUCAGGCCAAAUCCCGAGCUGUAAGAAAAGACUGAAGUCACCAGAUUGAGGAUGGCCGCUGGCGAUGCCAGGGCUAAUGUUGACUGCGCCCGGUCUUUGAGACAUUGGUGGCAGCUGCUUUUGUAGGUUUUGGGGCAAUCUGAAAUGGUGUCCAUUUUGCGGGUGUAUGUUGAUUUGUCGAGGGGUGGUGUUCAGGUGGCAUGUGCUGCAGUAGCAGGGGAUGGUGUGCUCAAGGUGCGCACGGGCAGCUGCAACUCUGUAGACGCACGUGUUUCCGAAUUGAAGUCGGCCGGGUGGCCGCAGGUCAGCGCGUCUGGAACCGUCCGCCGCGAAAGUGAAUGACGUGGGGACAGCGGGGUCUUGAAAGGGACGCCAGCUUGACCAUGAUGGCCGCCCGUAACAGCUCCCUGCAGGACGCAGAACUAAGUGGUGUCGAUGGUGAGGCAAGCAAUUCAAUUGAUGAUGUGAUUCGGAGCACGUGCGGGUUAGAGAGCGAGUGUCGAUGAUAGGAGUGGCUCGGACCGCGUGCGAGUCUGAUGCUCCCACUUGCGCAGAGGUUCUGUUGGGCCAUCGGCCAUGGGUGUGUAAAUGUGGUCUCAAUGUGUGCCGGUGAGUUGGCACGUUGGUAUUGGAAGGAAGGAUAGGUCCGAUGCAAUGCAUCCCAGUGAGGGCUGAGUCAGGUUAAUGCAUCAGUGAAAUUGGCUCACUGUUGUCCAGACACAUAAGUUGGGAUAGAAUGCCGUGUCCAAAGUUUGGAAAUUCAUCGAUGCAUGUUCAUUGACAGGUUGGGCAUGUGAAAAUAACUCACGAAUGAUGGUUUUGUUGGUAAUGGGUGGAGGGAUGUCUCGGACACAAGAGAGAUGUGCUCAGAUGACAGCACAUUUGGGCUACUUCUCUACGCAGUUUGAUGGGGGCUUGACCUGGACUUCGAUGGCUGAUUUUUGUUGAUAAAAUCCACCUCGAUUUGCGACAGUGUCGGAAACCCCGUUUCCCCAUCUACGAACGCAAUGAGGGACACGGUGAAAACAGCAGGACGAAGUGGCGGACAAACACUGGUUUACCACACUGGUUACUUAAUGGGAAGGUCACGAGGAUAGCGAAUUCUAUCCGGCACUCACUUGUCGCUAUCCAAAGUUAUACUGGGAUCUCACAUCACUGGACUGGAAGGGUUAGACGGAGACAUCCGCCUUCGAAAACGCAAAAUAAAAAAAGUAUCCCUCCACCAAGCUGGCCGCACACGACAGAUCUCCGCGGAGUCACGAUUUGGCGGGCUUCUAGACGACCAGAUGACUAUGCUCUGGGCGCCACUCUUGAACUGGUCGCGGGCCAGAAGAAGUUGCUACUUGUCUGAAAACAACUGGUGGGCCUUGUUGCAAAUUUUAUUUAGUUCCUGAAAGAUUUUUUCUUCUACCUUCGCUGCCCAGACGAGAAUAAUUGCAUUCAUUCUAAGAAGGGAGAUAACUCCCACCCAGUUUUGGUUAAAGACUGUGCACGGGCUGUUUGUGCAAUAGAUGAGGACUGUCAUAAUCUCAUUUCGAUUCGUUGGCUGAUGUUAUACAAAAUUUUGAGCAUUAUUCAUAAUGAUUCCCUGCUGCUUUUUCUCCAGGUUCCUUUAGCUCCUCUGAAGUCGCAGGACGUAUAUCUUUGACAAUAGAAGAGGUAUGUCUUUGUCAAAAGUCUGCCUUUUUGAAAAAUUAGGACCUAAGUGUCUCCAGAUCGCAGAUCCUGUAAUAUUUGCUUUGAAUGUUUUAUAUAGCACCACUUACUAGAAGGCCACACUUUGUAAACAGACCUGCAUUUACGGACAGCAGGUAAAAUGCUAGAUGCAAAGAGAGGAAAGACGCUUCCAUUUUGAUAUAAUAAACACUUCCAACUCAGAAUUCUCCAAGUGCAUGGUCCGAAGACAGGUGAAAAAAGUCUCUCUUCUGAUAACGGAAUUGAGUCGUUAACGCAAGUAGGUAGCUGAUAAGGUAGUGGGUAUAUCUUGUCGACCUGGAGUCUGCGGCAGCAGUAGAAACCUAAAGACACUGGAAUGGGGGUUUUAUUCCGUGUAGGAUCCAAAGUCAGUAUCUCCGGUGACAGUGGCCAUGAUAUGUGUUGAUAGUUUUAGGGUGUGCCUGUGAGAUAGAUGAGGUGUCUCAGCUAGUCUGCUCUCAGACCAGCACGUCCGAACGGAUAAGUACUUUGGCGUACUUAAGUCAAAAACCAGGAAUAGGGGCAAGUGAUGGUGACAGCUUAGUAGCGGAUGUGUCCACCCUUAGUCACUGUUAUUCCUCUUUUCCUACCAGAGUACGGGUGCAGCCACCGGACAUCUCCUCGUCAUUUAGUGCGAAUAAGUGAGAGUUCUCUGUCCCACUGCAGCACUUUCAAAUAAGGGAUGAAAAUGUGUUCUGGAGGCAUGUAUGUCAUCUCGUUAUAAGGCUUCACUAAUAUGCAUAAAAGGAGGUUUCAUCUAUAUCCCCGCUUCAUUCUAAUAAAAUCUAUCAGUGCUUUUAUUUUUUAGGUCAAAAAUUGUCUUUCUUUUACUUAAGCGCCCCCUUUUUUACUCACCUUUCCGCAGUUCCUCGAGGCUUCAUUCAGAUUAUAG